AUGCAGCUAUGGUCGCCUAGAGGUGGCAUUGUGUGCUACAGUCUAUCGUCUCUGGGUGCGGGAGGUAAGUCUAUAUUUACAUUGGGGACCCUGACACAGGCUACAGUCCGGGGUGGCCUUCCUGCCCCACUGUCUAGACUCUUACCCACCCUGGUGGUGCCUCACCUUAGCUGUCCUGACCCGUCUCUGGUUGUGAUACCCGCAUCCAGUCGGGGAGGGGGGGAAGGUGUCCCACCACGAUCCGCCCUGGUGGUGUCUCACCUUAGCUGUCUUGACCCGUUUCUGGUUGUGAUACCCGCACCCAGUCGGUGGCGGGCUAUGUUUUUAAGGUAGAAUCUACAGGAUUUGGUAACACACUGGAUGUGAGGCUCAAAUGUGAGGCCAGAAUCAAAUAUAACGCCAAGACAGCACAAUUGCAAGGAUGGACUGAUGUGGGUACCACAAGUUAUAGUGUUUAGAUUGAUUUAAAGGGACAUGCAUCACUGUGGGACAACUGUUUCAUUUGAAAACCUUAGCUUUGAAUGAGGCAAUUACCUCACUCUGCAGGCUGAAAAAAGCAGAUAAAUAUGAUUUUUGUUUCAUAUUUAUCUGCGUCGUCUUAGGCUUUCCACUCGAGGGUGACACUGAUCGUUUUUCUUGCCUUUUGAUUAUAUGCAUUGGUUGUAGAAAUUGAAUUUUUAUGGAUACUGUGGGGCUAAACAUUUUGAAAAGGGUAGCCUGAAUGUUGGAAGAUGAUUUACAUUGUUAAGUGGUAUGUUAUCAUUUCAAAAUUAAAUCCAAUACAUGAAAAUUAUGUGCAAAUUGAUACUCUUAGAAAAGUUACCAACUCAUGGUUCGAUUUAGUAGUCAAUAAGAUUAUCAGACAAAUUGAGGAAAAAUCCUUUUAAGGAGAAACCUUCUAGGUUGUAUAUAUUGUAACCGUAUAUAAUUUUUCUGUGUUACAUCAUUUCCACCAUAGAUUCUUUUGAAAGUGCUGUAUCUUUUUAGGAAACAAAACCGAGGCAGAUUUAAAAACAGCAAUGCAGGCAAUCAAAUUUGUACUAUAAAGUCCCUCUUCUCAUGUUAAAUGUCUUGUAGAAUUAGUGCUAGCAGCAGGGCUGUGCCAAGCUAUUUAAUGUAAAAAAAAUUAAAACAUAAAAAAAUUUUUUUAGGAAUCUGUGGCAGCGUACAUUUGUAUUCUCUAAUUCUUAAUGAUGUUUGGCACCCCUUAACGGCAUUCUAUGCCGCCCCGCAUUAAAAGGGCUUUUAAACCGCUGCGGCGGCAUAGAACGUCGUAACGGCUUUCUAUCCCUGGAGGUGAGAUUUACUUCCCCCCCCGCCGCGAUCCUCUUCUGGAGGGCUGCCUGGCAAAUGAGGCCCCCUCAAAGAGCGAUCACAUGGCCCCCUAUAGCUGGCUGUGGAUCUGCCAGCAGGGGGACUGUCUGAAAUGUCAGGCAGUCCCCCUGCUGGUGGGAAAGUAAAACAAAAAAAGAAUUAAACGUGUAAAAUUAAAAUAGAUAUUUAUUUAUAUAUAUAUAUAUAAUAUAUGUAUAUGUGUGUGUGUGUGUGUGUGUGUAUGUGUGUAUAUAUAUAUAUAUAUAUAUAUAUAUAUAUAUAUGUGUGUGUAUUUUAAUAUUAUAAGUAUAUAUAUUAGUAUUAAAAUACACUUAGAAUGACGUUACAUAUAUAUAAUAUGUAUAUAUUAUAUAAUAGAUAUAUACACACAUAUAUAUUAUAUAUAUACGUAUAAUUACAACGAUAAAUAAAAUAAUUAAAAUAUUGAAACAAAAUUUUAUAUAAAUUAUAUAUUCAUAUGUAAUUUCAUUCUAACUGUAUUUUGUUAUUAAUAUAUAUAUAUAUAUAUAUAUAUUUAUAUUUUUAUUGGUAACAAAAUACACUUAGAAUGACAUUCUAUAUAUCUCUAUCUAUAUAUAAAAUACAAAUAACCGCAAAUAUAUAUAUAGAUAAAUACAUAUAAUUACAUAAAAGAUUACAUUAGUAUACAUGUAGAAUUUCAAUAUCUAUAAAUGCAUAUAUUUUAAAAAUCUACAUGUAUAUUUAAGUAAUCUUUUAACAUACUGUGAUUUGAUUAAUUAAAAUUUGAUUGACAUGCCUGACAACACAGGGAGAAAGUGCAGAGAAUUUAAUUCGCAAGCACUGUAUUUGACCCUGUAGCUCUCCAAGACACCAUAAAUUCUGUACAUAGGGGGUACUGUUUUACUCGGGAGACUUUGCUGAACUCAAAUAUUAGUGUUUCAAACUGGUAAAUUGUAUUACAACGAUGAUAUUUUAAGUAAAAGUGACGUUUUUUGCAUUUUUUACAAACAAACUGAACUUUUAUGGACUAUAUUAUUGUUGUAAUAUGUUUUACUGUUUUAAAACACUAAUAUUUGUGUUGAGUGAAGUCUCCCGAGAAUAACAGUACCCCCCAUGUACAGGUUUUAUGGUGUUUUGGAAAGUUAGUCACAUAUAAGGCUUGCAUUUCAUUUUUUUGACAUUGAAAUUUGCAAGAUUGGUUAUGUUGCCUUUGAGAGCAUAUGGUAGCCCAGAAAUGAAAAUUACCCCCAUGAUACACUGGCCAAAUAUUCAUUUUUUGCUUUUUUCACACAAAAACAAAUAUGAACGCUUACUUUGGCCAGUGUUUGUGACUAAGUGGCUACUAAAAAAGACUAAACAUACCCCACUUUCAAUACCUUGGGUUGUCUACGUUUUCAAAUGGUAUGCCAUUAUGGGGGUAAUUCUCAUUCCUGAGCUACCACACUGUCUCAAAGGUAACAUUACUAAUCUGGCAAAUUUCAAUGUGAAAAUGGAACGUUCUAUAUUUGACCCUGUAACUUUCCAAAACACCAUAAAACCUGUUAAUGGGGGGUACUGUUGUACUCGUGAGACCUCACUGAUUACACAUAUGUGCAUUUUUUUGCAGUAAAACCUAACCGUAUUAUGACAUUCACAGCUAAAAUGUCAGACGGAAAUACAAAUGAAAACAAAAAAUCUUAUUUUCUCACAUUUUUUUUAAAUUUUAUUCAUAAUAAAUUAUGUUCCAUAUAUGAAUAGUUAAUGAUAAAUUAAAGCCCCGUUUCUCCUGAACAAAAUAAUAUAUAAGUGUGGGUGCACUUAAUGUGACAGCGGUGAAUUGCGGUUGAACAGACAUGUAGCGCAAAUUCCAGUUUUUGUUUGUUUUGAUCUGAUCAGAACGUGCACUAUUGACUCCAUUCUGAAGGGGUUAAAGGAACACUGCAGACACCAUAACAACAUAAACUCGAUGAAAUUGUUAUGAUUCCUGGAGGUCCUUGGCUGCAUCUUACCCCUAGGGGCUAUAUCGUUUUAACACCAAAAUUGUGAAGACAGUGCACGUAAGGUCUUCGUCUUAUUUUCUGAUGAUGUUGUUUGAGGUUUUGAUGAGGAAGCCUGGAACUGUGCCCCAUUGGUAGCUGAGUGUGUCAGCUGUUGUUUUCAGCAUAUUACUAGAUUCCCAUUCAGAAAACUGUGUGAGAAAGUAACUUACCAUUACCAGAGAUUCUCAUUUAAAACCAAAAGCAAAAACUUAUUAUAUAGGUAAUGUAUGAAAAAAAAUAAAAAAUAAAUCCAGUGUUUUAUAGUUUGCUGGAAAUUCACAUAAUUUGAUUCUUCUGCAAAGAACCAUCCCUACUGUAUAUGUAUAGCCAGAGAAUAUCAGGGUUAUUUACUAAGGUGGUUAAACGGUUAAAAAUAUACCAAAUUAAAUGGUAUAGCAUUAUCUGCUCCUAUAGAACUAUUAGAAAUUAAUGUGAGCGAUAUGGAUCUGAGAAACUGGAGGAGAUGCGGGAUUAACCAGGUAUUGAAUAUUUAUUUUAAUGGUAAAUCAACGCCAUUUCAACAACUGCAAUCUAAAUAUUCUCUUGCUUCAAGCUAAGUAUUUACGUAUUUCAGAGUUAAGAAUUAUCUAGCUACAAAACAGAUAAUAGAACAUAAUGAUAUUACCGAAUUUCUAGGAAAUCACAACCCUUCAAAAAGAAUAUCUCGAUCACUCAAAUUUUGAUCUGUUUCUGAAAUCUUUGCCAAAGAGCCCUCAAUAAUAAAAUGGGAACUCUACUUUAAAAAAAAUAAUUUGAAACUUCAACUUGGAAACAGAGCAUAAAAAGGCUUAAACAGAGUACCACUGUGUUCGUUUGGUUAAGCUCUUCUAUAAAAUUCAAUAAAGGUGGUAUAUGGUUCCAACAAAACUAAAUAAAAUAUAUAGUGAAUAUACCGACCAAUGUUGGAGAUGUAACAGCACUGAAGGAUCUCAUUUCCACAUUUGGUGAGAGUUUUCAGGGUUAGAUACUUUAAAAAGGAACUUAAAUGACCACCUUACAGAGAUUACAAGGAAAGAGUUCCCUUUGACUCCACAGCUCUUCCUCUUUCAUUUAGAUUGUUCAGUGAGUACAGAAGGCAAAAGACAAUAGCAUUGAACAUGUUUCGCACAACAGUGCAUCACAUGAGAAUACUGUAAAAAAAUGUCCCUUUUGUACUUAAUAGUGUAUGAUGGAUUGCACGCAGGCGAUAAGGGGGUCUGUCGCUGGUGUACUCUGUCUACUACCUCCUUUUAUAUUAACCGCUUUCCUUUUUAAUCACCCACAUUAUGCUAGCAGUAAAAAUAUGCAUGCGAGAUAAUGGCAAAAGCAAAACCAUCAAAAUUGGCAUAAAAUAUAAACCAAAUAAAUUACCAGUGUUCAAUGGAGAACUGAUUUUUUAUUUUUAUUUUUAAAUAAACAAUUAAUUGAAUUUACAUAUAAAAAUAUGAGCUAAAUGGCAGACCUUUGCCUGUGCAAGAGCUAGACAAUUUUAACAGGUCAACCAUUGAGGAACAAUAAAGAUGAUAAGGCAGUUUAAGAAGACACUAUAUACAAUCCCCCCUCCACCGCGAAUGAAUGUAGUAUGAAUGACUAUUUGAAUGUGUGUAGGUAUAAAUUGCAGUUUAGCAUUCGGCAGCAUUCUCAUUCAUGGAAAGACCUAAGUAAAAUUACCAUAUUACUGUAUUUUCAGAAUCAUCUGACAAACAUACUUUCUGUGCAUUCCUAUGGUUUCCAUAUUUAUUGUCCCACAUUUUCAACUUUGUUCCACUUUUAUUCAAUACUUACUAAUCUCCCCUAUUAAGUUAGAGGAAAUCUGUUUUUUUUUAUUUUUUUAUUUUUAUUUUUUUUAACUAAAUAAGAGAGUGCAUAUAUUAUAGCAUUUCUAUUUAUUUUGUAUUGCUUACAUGUAAGUAAAUACCUCUUAUCAUUGGGUCCCUGGCUUUCCCUUAAUCUGUGGUGGAGGCCAUCUUUAAAUGCUUUUUAGUUGGAAGCACAGACCUAUACAGGUAAUCAAGAGCUAAUGCAGCCAUUCCCAAACCAGUUCUCAAUGCACCCCUACCAGUCCAGGAUUUAGUUGUGUCUAAGGUGUUUUUAGGGGCGGGGGAGGGGAAACACCAAAAAAACACACCUUAUACCCAACUGGUUAAUAACUAAAUCCCGAACUGGUUUGGAUUGUGAACCACUGAGCUAAUGAGCAAAUAAUAAAUCUUGAUGUUCUCAUGACAUUCAAAUUGUGCAUGGUAUUUGCAGAUUAUUGUUGCUUCUGACCAAAGAUGGCUAAAAAUGGACCUGGGUAAGUCAGGAAAUGAACUAAACAGUUAACAUACCACAUAACAAUAUGUAAUUGUAAUAUGCGAAUACAUGUUUUUUGAAAAUCACAAAAAUAUUUUCUUAUUGUAAAAAAAUUUAAAGAAGCUAAUUUUAACCUGUGUUAAGUUGAAAUCUGUAUUGUAAAUGAAAAAAACAGGGAUGGACUCUUAAGAUUGUGAUUUUAUUUCUAAUUUUUUUUUAAUUUCUUUCUUUCUUCAAAAUAUUCUAGAUCUGUCUCGGAAUAGAUUAUCAGAAGUCCCGGCUGAAAUAUGUCACUACAUUUCCUUGGAGAGUCUAAACCUUUAUCAGAACUGCAUUCGCUAUGUGCCAGAGGCCACGCUAAACCUGCAGGCUCUGACCUUCCUUAAUAUCAGGUAACCCUCCUCCUACUACAUGGUAAUCAAUACUGUGCAAUAGAACACUGUGGUGAGCUAUUAUAUUCUGUAUCCAGAGGCAAUCCUGCCUAAGGAUAUUGACUUGACAUUGUCUUGCUAGAUAAAAAAGCAAUGACAUCAUUAUUUGGAAACGAGAAAGCAUUUCAUUCUGAUACUGUUUAUUUUGUGAUAGUGCCUGGCUUACAGCCAAACAUUACAUUUGGUAGAAAAAAUGUAUUUGUGUCUCACAUGCGUAGGAACAGAAACAGUUUGGAUAUUUGUAUGCAUUUUGCGCAAAUGGAACAUAUAUGAAAUACUUAACCAUGCGGGAGUCGGUGCUUACACUUAUGCAUAAGUAAGAGCACAUGCCUUUUUAUUGUGUUUAAGAAGACCAACAAAAGAAUACUGUAUAAAUAUGUGGAUAUAUGUAAAAUUAGGAAUCUGGUGUAUACAUGUAUUUACUUUUAUUUGACGUUGAAAUUCAAACAGCAUUUCAGUGGCUUGCCCUCCUAUAUGCAUCAAAACAACUUUAGCUUAAUGAAGCUGUUUGGUUGUAUAGAUCAUGCUCUUGCAGACUCACUGCUCAAAUUUCUGACAUCAAGGAGUUAAAUCUCUUUUGUUUCUGUCUCACAAAGCCUGCAUGAAAAAAUUGUUUCAUUUUCAAUCCGAUCUUAAACUUACUUUAGGAGAAGAACUUUUUUUUAUCUGUGAAUUAAACUUUAAUCACACACAGAGGGCACCUGCAGGCUCUUGCAGACUAUUAACAAAGCAGGAGAUAUAUGAAAUUUGAAAUGAAACUGAAUGUGCAAUAAAGGAAACUUAAGCAUUAGAUCUCUCUUUAAAGGAAGUGUUUAGGAAUGACUUAUAUGCAGGAAGGUGUGACUAGGGCUGCAUAAACAAAGUGGUUUAACUCCUAAAUGUCAGAACUGAGCAGUGAGACUGCUGGGCCAUAAUCUAUACACUAAAGCGGCUUCAAUAAGGUAAAGAUUUCUUGGUGCCUAUAAUGUCCCUUUAAGACAUUAUAGAAAUGUAUUUGUAGAACAAAGCUGAAUUGUGUCCCUGUAUGUGACUGCAAGAGGACUUUCAUCCCCCUCUUACUUUUCCUUUAGCAUGCACAACUCUGAAUUAAACACAUUAUUCUUGCAUUCUGAUUAAAUAGAGGAAUAUGAAGAACUGUGUCAAUUGGUAGAGAACCGUUUUACUAGGAAGGGGCAAUUUUAUGUUGCAAGCCCCCUGUAUAGUAGCUUAACUGUACUACUCUAUGUGGGUAUCAUGCUCACAUUCAUACUUUUUAUCUUAUGUUGAGAUUUCUUGAAUCUGCACUGCUAAAAAAAAACAUCAGAUUUUAGCGUUCGUAUCAAACAGGUAAGCAUACUGUAUAAGAAGUAAAGAAAGACAUAACUUUCGGCUCCGUUGCAGACCUCUGCUAGAUCAGUGCUGAACCAGUGUGUAUCAAGUAGUACUGAAUAAACAUCACGAGCCACUCUGCGUUUCCAACAUCUCAUUGCGGAAAUCGCAUCAAUGUUUGUUCGUGCACAUUAGCUUACAAUCUUACUAUAAGCCGUUGUCUUAUGAAGGGUGUCUGUUAACAGUUCACAACCAGAACCGAGUGGUAUGGGGUGAGGAGUAAAAAAAAAAGAGGGAGAGGAGUAUAUUGAUGGGGAGUAGAAUAGAUGAUUGGGGAUAUCCACCGGAAGGGCACAGAGGUGCCCAGCACACAACACCUCAAAUUCUUCCCCUGCAUUCCAAGGCACCUGUUCUUGUUUUCUUUACACUUUUUCUGUUUGCAUGCAAAUAUAUUUUUUGUGUGGAAAUCUGAAAAUAUUUUGAAGAGAAGAAAGUGAGACACGCAUGGUCCCCCUAGAAUUUUUUUUUCCACAGUUACAAUACAAAGCGUAAAGCGCAAGCUUCCCAGGAUCCCCCCCCUAUACACCAACAUUAAGGUCAAUGAAAUUGCAUCCCCACUUUAUAAUGAAUGUGAAACCAUGAGUAACAGAUCACAGCUACCUAUCUUCAAUCUGGCUUAGGCAGAUAUCCUGAGUUUCCCUCCCCAAAAGACGCUUAUGACUUUGUCUGUAGGACAUUAUUAGAUUCCUUUUCACCCAUGGGUAUACCAAGUUGUACAAUUAUGUGAGCUCUAAGAGGACAGGUGAAAGGAAAGAAAAGUAAAGCUGCAGAUGGGGAGACAUGGCCCCCCAACCCCCUACUCACCAACACCCCAAAGUUCCCAAAAAGGAUUUUUCACGGCAAUAUCCCCAAAUAUGUGCAACCGUUCCCACCACUUCCUGGCACCUCCAACAGUCUAAAAAUUCUAUGGAGCAGUACCGAUGUCUUGUACCAGAAUGAAAGGAGUUUGUAGUUCACCUUCUGGUCCUGAGAACUGACCAAGCUUUUGUGCUGAACUACCCCACACCGACACUGCCUUCUCUAGCUCGGUGCCAGGGCAUCUCUCAAUGCCGCUGUCCUCUGUGUGGCAUCUCAUUGUAAUAGUGUCUUGAUUGUGGAAUAAGAUCAGGGGAGUCCGUGCCCCUCCAUCAGACCUACAUUGCCCACUACUCUGGGUAUUGGGAUGAAGUGUGCCUUUCCUAAUGGUUAUUUUAUGAAAUCAUGCAGUGCCAACCCCCUCACAAGAUAUUUAUUUCAACCACAGCCACUUGACCGUGCCAAGAUAUGUGUGGAUAGGACCAUUGUUUGAGGUCUUCCUGUAUUCUCUGCAGUAAUGUGAAGGAAAGUGCUUUGAUAGUGCUGUCCCCUACACCCUAAAAUAUUAAAUUUUUGGCUGCGUUAGUGGAACAGCAACAGUGAUUGAAGGGCUGCAAACUCCUCCGCAGGGGUGGACACAUUUAGAACCUUGCGUUUAGAUAGGUUGAGCAAGAGGCUGGACAGCGUUCCAUACUUGUUAAGCCUGGCCCCGCUGCGAAUCUGUAGCCCAGCAAUCAGAACCCAAUUAUCACAAACCCUUGCGUUCGGGCAGCUGUAUAAUGCUGUGGUCCAAUUCAGUAUCUUAACCCCAAGGACCAGUUCACUUGAUCAUUCGCAUUUUUGGCAUCGGUGGCCAAAAGAAGCAUUCGCUUACCCCUCCGCCUGGCCAGGUCUUGUAAGGAAAAGAGUCGUAGCUUACUAUCCCUUAGCCUCCCAUCCAGGUAUGAACCCUGUCUAUUCAGGGCAGGUAACAAUGUUUGCAUUCUGGUUGCGACUAUGUUUGUGAAAGGUUUGACAUCCAUGUGAAGGAGCGAGAUUGGGUGAUGGCUACCGCACACCUCCGGGUCUUUGCCUGGCUUCAGAUGGUUAGUGAUUGUGGCUGCCAAUGACUCUGGACUUAAACCUUUUCCAUCUGUCACCGCAUUCAGCGCUUUUGUUAAUCUAGGUAUCGGUUCUGAUGCAAAUUUUUUAUAAAAACCAAUAGAAAAUCUGCCAUGUCUAGAUGCUUUGCCGGUUUAGCCACUUUAAAGGAACACUAUCGUGGCAGGAAAACAAACAUAUAUAUUCCUGUCACUAUACAGGUAAUAGCACUAUUUAGGGGUGUGGCCCCUGUAAUCAUUGUAAAAGGUGAGUUUAAUCACCUUCCUUUUCUCCAAAUCCGCACAAGUCUGUCACAGCUGACUCCACCCCCAUUCCACCUCCAUGGCUGCAAUCAUCAAAAUUGACGAUCUCAGCCAGUCCCGUAGGAAAGCACUGGGACGCCGCACUGCGCCAAUCAGCAUCUCCUCAUAGAGUUGCACUGUCAGUGCAUCUCUGUAGGGAAUGUUCGCCACCCCUGUGCAGAGCGUGGAAAUGCUGAACAUCAGUGCUGCACAUUGACCCUUUCUUACCCAGAAAGCACCUCUAGUGGCCACCUGUGUGACUGUCACUAGAGGUGUAACUAGGCAGCAAUGUAAAUAGUAGUGUUUACAUUAAAAUGCCUGCAGGGACAGACUAUACACACCCGAACAAUUACAUUAAGCAUUAAUUAAUACAUUAAUUGUGUCCAUUUAAUGGCUGCUAAUAAUUCCUCUUCUCUAAUGGGAGAAUCCAUUAUCUCUGCCACCUCGAAAGGCCCCGAGUCCACUGUGAAUUUAAUCUGUAUACAAAUACUUGAAAUAUAGCCAGAAAAGUUUACUAUAUAAUCUGUCAAUUUCUAACUCCAUAUUUAUUAUUUAUGUAAAUAAUUUGCAUAUUGUAAGUUUUUAUGUAUUUGUGAACAGCAAUCUGUAUGCACCAUUAUGAUGUCUGUCCUACAUUUAUGUGCUAGCUAUAUAUUCUAGAUUUUAUGUUAAAGGAACACGAUAGUCACCUAAAUUACUUUAGCUAAAUAAAGCAGUUUUAGUAUAGAUAAUUACCCUGCAAUUUCACUGCUCAAUUCACUGUCAUUUAGGAGUUAAAUCACUUUGUUUCUGUUUAUGCAGCCCUAGCCACACCUCCCCUGGCAUGAUUGACAGAGCCUGCAUGAAAAAAAAAACUGGUUUCACUUUCAAACAGAUAUAAUUUACCUUAAAUAAUUGUAUCUCAAUCUCUAAAUUGAACUUUAAUCACAUACAGGAGGCUCUUGCAGGGUCUAGCAAGCUAUUAACAUAGCAGGGGAUAAGAAAAUCUUAAUUAAACAGAACUUGCAAUAAAGAAGGCCUAAAUAGGGCUCUCUUUACAGGAAGUGUUUAUGGAAGGCUGUGCAAGUCACAUGCAGGGAGGUGUGACUAGGGUUCAUAAACAAAGGGAUUUAACUCCUAAAUGGCAGAGGAUUAAGCAGUGAGGCUGCAGGGGCAUGUUCUAUACACCAAAACUGCUUAAUUAAGCUAAAGUUGUUCAGGUGACUAUAGUGUCCCUUUAAUAUUUUUAUAAAAACAAAACGUACUUGGUGAGGAAGGGUUUAAAACCUGCCAAAAACUAGCUUUCAAGUCCACCAAGAUGUCUUUAGUAGAUGCGAGCAGGUGCAAGCCUUUCUGUUUGCCUCCCAAAUACUGCCUCAUGGGCUCCCCCAUUGUUUAAUCUACUAUGUCAUCCUCCAUUUGUUUAUAUAUCUUUUUUUUAUUUUUUAUUAAUACCUUGAUAUUGUUUUAUUUCCACAAGCCGUAACCAGUUGACUUCACUCCCUGGGUACCUCUGCAGUCUGCCUCUAAAAGUCCUCAUUGCAAGUAACAAUAAGUUGGACUCUUUGCCAGAAGAAAUCGGUGCAUUGAGACAUUUAACUGAGCUGGUAUGCAUAACUAUAUUGUUUUUGUUUGUUUUCUAAAAAACGUGUGUGUGUGUGUGUGUGUGUGUAUAUAUGUAUAUAUGUAUGUAUGUAUGUAUGUAUGUAUGUAUGAAAAACACCAAUUCCUUGCACACAGACUCAAAGUGUAAAAUCCGGGUGCUUGCAGUCUGGGGGAAAUUCGAAUAUCCAAAUGGUAAAGAUGACCAGCACUCACGGUUUUCAGUUGAAGAUUAAAAGUUGUAGAUUUUAUUAAUACAUGUUAAAAAUGGCCGCUCGACGUUUCAGUCCUCAUCUGGGACUUUCAUCAGGAGCAUAUACCGUAUUUUUCGCUCCAUAAGACGCACCUCACCAUAAGACGCACCUAGUUUUUAGAGGAGGAAACCCAGAAAAAAAAAUAUUCUAAACUGUUCCAUAGUGUUUCUUACUAUGGGACAGUUUGUUCAGAAUAUUUUUUUUAAAGGAAUUUUUUGUUCCUUACCACCCACUCCCCUCUCCUGUCCCAUAAUGAUCUUUAACCCCCCCUCUCCUGUCCCAUAGUUAUCUUUAAACCCCACUCCCCUGUCCCAUAGUUAUUUUAACCCCCCUUUCCUCUGUCCCAUAGUGAUUGUUUACCCCUCCUUCCCUGUCCUGUAGUGUUUUUUUAACCCCUCCUCCCCUUGUCCAAUAGUGUUCUCAUCCCAUAGUGCCCCCCCCCCUUGUCCCAUAGUGCACUUUCCUCUCCCCCCUCCCUUGUCCCAUAGUGCACUUUCCCUCCCAUAGUGUCCUCCCCUUGUCCCAUAGUGUCCCUCCCUUGUCCCAUGUGUGUCCUCCUUGUCCCUAGUGUUCCCUCCCCUUGUCCAUAGUGUUGUUCCCCCCUCCCCUUGUUCCAUAGUGUGUGUCCCCCUUCCCCUUGUUCCAUAGUGUGUCCCCCUUCCCCUUGUUCCAUAGUGUGUCCCCCUCCUUGUCCCAUAGAGUCCCCCCUCCCCUUGUCCCAUAGUGUGUCCCCCUCCUUGUCCCAUAGUGUCCCCCCCUCCCCUUGUUCCAUAGUGUGUCCCCCUCUCCUUGUCCCAUAAUUACUUACCUGUCUUGUAGCGUGGGCCGGCAGCACAGCGCGCUCCGCGGUGCAGGAACUUCAAUUUCAGGUUCCGGUUUCCAGCGGGACUGAAAGGAAGUGUGCACACUGAGUGUGCACUUCCUUUCAGUCCCGCCGGAAACCGUAACCUGAAAUUGAAGUUCCUGCACCGCGGAGAGUGCUGUGCUGCCGGCCCACGCUACAAGACAGGUAAGUAAAGCUUCACAUUCGCUCCAUAAGACGCACAGACAUUUCCCCUCACUUUUGAGGGGGGAAAAAGUGCGUCUUAUGGAGCGAAAAAUACAGGGGGGUGUGUGUGUGUGUAUGUUUUGAUUAAAGCAAGGUAACGCAUAUAGAGUUUGAAUUAAUGAUGUAAGCUUUUUUUUUUUGAGUUUGCAACUUCUAAGGAUUUGUGUUCAUAAGGAGAAUAAAAUUAAAUAUACCCUCUCUGUAUAGGAUACAUUUUUGCCAACAUAUAUGCAGUGAUAUGUUUUGUGGCAGCAUAGGUUUCUGUGCAAAUUUCAAACACGAUAACAACAAUAAAAUAUCACAAUGCACAUCAUUUUGGAUCAGUUUGAAAAGCCUAACCAUGGACUAAACCAGAUCCUUAAAAUGUAUGCAGCUGCUUGGAAAGGGUAGCGGAAAGUACCCCAGAGUGCACAAAAGGACAUUGAUUAAUAUUCUUGUAAGAUUGCAGUCUGUAUUUAGGUAAUGGUUCAAUGGUUUACUCCUAAAAUAUGAACGAUAGGAAUGCACACAAGAGAUUCUGGGUGGACAAUGCUAAGAUUGGAGCAGUACUAGAAGAAGAGGACCUAAAUAAAUAACUGCCGAAUGAGCAUUAACAUGCAGUGUCUUGCCAACUCUACAUAAAUCUAUAUUUUGUUGGAUUGUCAGAACAAAGUGCACCCAGGCUACAAAACUAGAUAAAUGUAUUCAGUGUACAAAGAGAUUAAUUAUAUAUAGCUGUGGCAAUUUGUUUUGUUUGAAAUCAUGGUUUGCUGUCACAUUUUAUAUCAAAUUGGGAUCAGUAUUUUCUGUAAUAGUACUGACUUCUUGCGCAGCAACUCAGAGUACCCACACAGAGUAUAGUGAUUAGAGUAAAGCUACAAUGGGAGUUAGUAGUGAGUCAGGAUGUAUUUAUUAGUGAGUGUAGCAGUCAGGACAGCAUAUAAGUUGUAGCAGGGCAUAAUGUGAUCUCUUCCUUCUCUGUCCACUCAUCUUCUCUAGCUGUGCCAUUGUACAAGGGUUCAUUGCAGUUUUAUUUGUGCACACCUGUUUAAUUUCUUUCAGUUCCUGGCAGCUCUAGCACAUUCAUGUAAAAUAUGCUUCCUAUACAGCAUUCAGGAAAGCUGUUCUGGGCUUAUAAUGCCCCUAUUCCACUGAGCGGUACGGUUUGGGUCGGUACGGUCUGGUACGCUAUUUUGAGCGUUUCCAUUGUGAAAGUGACCCAUACAACCGAACCAAACCGCACCAUUCCUGGGCCCCCUUCAGAUGGAGGUCCAUAGGAAAUGGUACGGUACAGUUAGGGCAGAGCUACUGGCAUCACACUAUACAAUCCAUUUAUUGGCUGACAGGAAAACAUCAAUGCUCACGACAAAUGACACGCAAGGCAUUUAGUCUAAGCUCCGUGACGGUCCGACUUACAGUGGAAAUGCUCACCUGAAUAGGCUGGAUAAUUCUAACCCUUCCGAACCAUACCGCUCAGUGGAAACGAGGCAUUACUGGGAAAGUGAUGGCACUGAAACCCGGGAUAAUAGAUGAUUAAGUUAUUGUUUGUUUCUGCGAAACAUUCUGGGAUGUCUGUGAUUGAUGCACCUUUUAUGUUUUUUUUUUUUUAAAUAUUUCAUUAGUAUUUGAACAGUGACACUAGCAUUGCUUUACCAUUGUUCCCAGCACCUUGGAAUUGAAAUGAAGCAAUAAUUAAAUGGAUAAAGUAAAGACAAGUCUUUUAUUCCAUAAUGUUUACAUUCAUUAACCAUGAGCAGUGUAGGAAAAACAGCCAUUUCUAAACAUAAUCCAUGAAUUUCUGCAUUUUAUGGCACAUAUUAUAAUUUUAAACAUGUGUUAAACAAUUUGCAUUUUGUGACUUUAAAGUGUAAAGCCCAUGGAUAUUAACAGCCAUUACUUAAAAUAGUGUAGUACAACCGUGCCUCUAUGCAUCAACGUUAAAACCGGGAGGUGUGGGAUUAAUCCUCCACCCCCUGGAACACAUGAUGUAAAAAUUUUCCUACCCCACCCCCAUCCCCCACAGAGGCAGUGGGAAGUGGAACAACUGGACUUACAUUAUCUAAGUUUAGUUGCUCCACUUCCUGUUUCCUGUGUAAAACUAUAUAUCCCUUAUUUAAUGAGGGCUCGCAACCUUGGGGCUGUUGGGUGACGCUCACACCUGUAGAUUCCCGAUCGGCAUGCUAGGGCCUUUUAACAGCACAACCGGCCUCUAUUAGGUAGACAGUCUGUACCAGACUCCCCACAGCCAGUUCAUACAGAGCGUCAGGAAAGCCACCCUCCUGCACCCAAAAGGUAUGGAAGAAGGGGAGUGAGUGGCUAUAAUAAAUAAAUUACAUCUUGUAUGUUUUAGUGUGUAUGUGUAUCUGUGUUAUUUAUUUAUAAAAUAUUUUACCAGGAAAGAUACAUUGAGAUUUCUCUCGUUUUCAAGUAUGUCCUGUAUAUGUCCAUACAUAUCGGCAUUCAAACGCCAACACUAUACACAAAUACACCCUCAUUUAAAAAAAAUGCCAAUACUGCAUACACAUACUAUCCUGUAUUAAAACACCCCUUUCAAACGCCAACACUACACACAAACGCACACCUGCAUUUAAAUGCCAGCAAUACAUACAAACACGCUCCUGCUGUUUAUUAAACUACUGACGGAUCAAAAAUAAGAAAUGAGCUGUUCUUAAUUUUGAUAUUUUAGCUGUUUAGUAGAAGGCUCUUUCAUUUAUUAUCUUGAUGUGGGAUUGUGAUAUAUGAGGAUACUAAAUUUGGUGGCUAUCUAUUAAAUUGCUGAAUAAAAAUAUAGGUUUUUCAGAAUUUACAUCUUUUAUCUGUUACUAAAAAGCUCCAUGUGAAGGUAACCUUAUGUGGCAGUCCCACAUGAGGAUACCAAACUAGAAAAUUAUUACUCUGUUCAAUUAUCAAAGUAAUAAAAAACAAACAAAAAAAAACCCUGUUUCUUCAUUUUAAAGUUUUGGCAGUUUAGUAGACAACUCUUUAAUAUUGUUUUCCUUAUGUGGAAUUUCCAUAUUUAAGAAUAACAAAUUGAGAGCUAUUUAGUAAAUUUCUGAAGGUUAAAAAAAGUUAUUAAAUUUUUUUUUUUUUUUUUAAAUUUAUGAUCUCUCACCUGUUUAGUAGAAUCCUUGCUUGGGAUUUCCAAAUAUAUGGCUACCAAGUUAGGAAGUUGUCUACUAAAUUGCUGAAAGAUAAUUAAGAAAAAAACUUAUACCCCCCCAUGUUUUCAGUAAAGCGUUUUAGGAAAAAUGUCGAGCCUCCUGUCAUGUAGUAAAAUUGUAGGCUAUGAUACCUUCAGUGUACCAAUGAGGGGUAGCUCCCUAAUUACAUAUCCUUAGAUAUUUAAAAUCUGCCAUUCCAGGCAAUUCCCAGUUUAGUGAAUUAGAUUACCCUGCCAAUAAAAAUGCCACGCACCCUCCCUGUCCCCCCUACCUCCCCAUCUGCACUUGUAUUUUAGCCGUAUUCUCUUCUUUGUCUUUUAGAUUUUGUCCUUUUCUUUAUUUCUCAUGCAUUUCUAUUUAAAACUGAAGACAAAGUGUGGAUUUCAAGGCAAUGCAAGCUUGACAAACUUGACAAAGGAAGUGAGCUUGCCUUUAGCCUCGCUAAAAGAGACCUACCCAGCUAAAAGGUCUCUGCAAGUCAUAAAUCGGCAAAAGGAGAUAUAAUGAGAAUAGUAAUAUAUAUCAACUAAGCACAUAUCACUUGUAACAUCAUCUGGAGGGGAAGACUCAGACCCAAAAAUUGUAAUAAAGUCUCUGGGUUAGGAGAAAAAAACAAAUGCAAAUCUUCACAAUUCUCAACAGAUCAGUCAGAGUGCAGUGCUCCAAGCAUGAAAUCAGCUAUUUAUUUCAUUUGCAAUCUUGGCAAUGGUUAGUUGAUGCUAUACAAGGAAUCAUCGAUUCCACAUGCUAAUGGAUCACAUUGCAGAAAAUAGACUGAAAAAGUGCCUGGACAGUGAAUGAUAGAAACUUAGAUUUUACAGCAGUGGAAGUAAUGGAUGAUUCAGAUACAUUUAAUAGAAGUUAUUUUAAUACUGUUCCCUCUCUUCUUGCAAGGAUGUCAGCUGCAAUGAAAUCCAGACACUCCCUGCACAGAUUGGAAAAUUAGAAUCUUUACGGGAUUUCAACAUCAGGAGGAAUCACUUAAUGCAGCUGCCAGAUGGUGAGUGGAUAAGCACAAGAAACAAAACAAAAAGGUAAAUCGUGAAAUAACUUGUCAAAUGACAAGAGAAACCAAAUAACCAGAUAGGUAGAUAAGUGGCAACCAGGACUUGAUUCUAAGGUACAUAUAGUGUGUGGCUAUUGAGUAACCUGCCACCUGAUAUCACUGUCAAAAAACUAAUACCUUGUAGCUCAAAUGAUAUGAGGAAAGUCUAAUACAUCAAGUGGGCUAAUGUCCACUAUAAACAUAUACAUAUAUAUACAUAUCUAAGUCAACUGAUAUAUCUUAACAGAGGCAUAUAUGCAAAUGAGGUACAUAUACUGGAGCAGGUGUAUAAUGUAAAUCUGUAGUUCACAUAUAGGUAUAAGGGAACACAGGGAGGGUGCGUGUGUCAGUUGAUCCCUGCACUUGGUCUAAAGUUUAGCCAAAGGAUGAUUUGCUAGUCCCUACGUAUUUAGCCACCGACACACGUUCCCACAAUGUGAGUGACCCAAAAUAGAUAGAAUUGUCUGAAAAAGGUAACUUCUAUCAAGGUUCCUCAACUAAGUAUCAACAUGAGAGAGAUUAAGUGAUAACAUUAAUUACAAGUAAAAAUAAACAUGGGAUCCUGAGCGGAGGAGUGAAAAUUAACAUAAAUUAUAAGUAGGGUGAACCGCCAGGAAACACCAAAGUCUGCACUCAACACGCGUUUCACCCGGCAGCCGUUACCGGGAUCAUCAAAAGUGCUAGUACCCACAUGGUGGGAACGUGUGUCGGUGGAUAAAUGUCUGCUUUUCUCUAUCUGCAGAGCUGUCUGCUGUCUUUGCCUUUCUCCCUCUGCAGAAAGCUGUUUGAUGUCUGUGCAUUUCUCUGUCUCUGCAGGGUUGUGUGCACCUUUCUUUCUCUGCAGAGCUGUCUGCUCCUUUCUCUCAGGUUUUUUUUGAUUAAUUAAAUGGUCACUCCAGACCCCUAAACAUCUGUAGCUUGCUGAAAAGCUUUAUUUGUGAAGAAUUUGUCCUCUUUUUUUUUUUUUUUCAUUUUUCAAAAAGUGCAAAUUUCCAUAGAAAUUGACACUUUUAUAAAUUAACUUGGUUACACCCCUUGGCUUUCAAGCAGACAAAUGGUAAUGCAGAGUGUGAGGAUGUCCAGCGUCAGUAAGCGGACGAAAAGUCCAGUUACAUUCCGAAAUCGCCUCUAGUGUCUGGUAGACAGCCACUAGAUUCUCUUCGUUUUAGUUUCUCUGUUUUACAUUGCAGCACCAAGUGCAAUAGGGACACUGUACCCAGACUCCUUUCAUUGAGCUGAAGUUGUCUGGGUGCCUAUAGUAUCCCUUUAAGGCUUCCAUUUGCAGUCUCAUAAUUUCCAUUCUAAAUUUAACUCUUGGCUCCAUUUCUUUUCAAGGCUGUCCUAGGUAUGCUAAUAAUUGUGUUAUAAACAGAAUGGAUUGGCAGAAAUUGUAAACAGGGCAUUUUUGAUUAAUAUAGGCCCUUUUUUGUUUCCUUUCAAAAAACCUUGUGUAAAAAUGUAUGCAGUAAUACUUUGUCAUGCUGUAUUUCAUCUUGUAAUGUGAACCAGAAUAGUGAGGUAGUUUUUCUUUGACCUGCUGCCAGAGAUAGGGAAGUUCCCUUAUCCAAGUAGUUGCCAAACUCCCCUUGCUGCUAGUAUCAGAACUUUGCAAGAGCACAUUGAGAGGUUUACUGUGUGCAAUGCGUGCAUGAAGCAAUGCUUGAAAUAUGCUGGCACUGGAUGAGCUCUGGUAUGAAAUACUGUAUUUCAUCUGUGACUCAUUAAUCUUUCCUGUCAGUUUAACACAUUCAUUGGAAAAAAAUAAAUAAAUAUAUAUAUAUAUAUAUAUAUUUAUAUAUAUAUAUAUAUAUAUAUAUAUAUAGUUUUCUCAUUCUGAAACAAGGAUUAUUUAAACCUUAUCAUACUGGCAUUAACAGUGAAGUGUCCAAGAAAACCCCCUUUGUGAGCUUCCAUAGAUUCAUUUUCUCAAUAUGAGCUUGUUGCCUGUUCAUAUGGUAAGUAAAACAUUCCAAAUUCUAUCCACAUUUUUGCUUUUGAUUUUUAACGGAAAACAUGAAGUGGACAAAAUAAAUGAAACUUCUAAGAAUAUGUUAAUGUCAAGGACCUAACUAGGAUUAGGGCCACACUUUGCUUUCUCGUAAAGGUGUUUAGAUUUAGUGAUUGGUGAUGCUGUGGUAGGGGUUUAACUGUAUCAUGGGGAUCAUAAAAACACUCGUCUCAUACUGUUAAACUGUCCUCAUCAUCUCGUAACAUCAGGCAUCGUGUUUGCAACAUGUAGGAGGUAAAACUGAUCUGUAAAAUGGCCUUAUAUUCUGUGGCUAUUAUGAUCAUGAAGAGCAAUCAUAACGUCUGUUGAUGCUCUCUAGUUUACUGCAGUUACUAUAUUGGAUUGUUUACCUGCUUUGACAAUCUGUUUGCAUUAUGUUCUUUUGAAAACCCCAAAGUGCUAAUUAUUAGACUUCAUUUUUGGCGCUAAUUCAAUCAACUAGAUGUGAGUCAGCUUUUCCGUUGGCUUUGAUUUGAAGAUUUUUUUUUAUUAUUAUUAUUAUUAUUAUUAGCCGUUUCCAUUACUCCCCCAGGUUUAAUGUUUGUAUUUUUGACCCUCACGUCUCAAAAUAAAUUUAUUGUUAAAGUAACACUCUACUGUCCAGGUUUUUUUUUAAUCGCUGUACCCCAAUGAAUACAUGCUUAAAUUAUCCGUGCAUGUGUUCAUUUGGGGGUAUAUCUUAAAAAAGCUUGCAAAGCUGCAGAUCUUAACAUCAUUGAGAAAUUUCUGAAUUGAACAUGUGCAUAUCUGGUCUGAAGUCUGUGUGGGAGGAGGCUGGCACGCUCAAGUAGAGCUAACGGAAGGAGACUUCAAACCUCCCUGCCUGAUUUUGCAUAGAAAUCAGCACUUUUAUAAACUUGGCUUAUACUAGGAUACUUCUCACCCAUAAAGCACUUCAGAAAGUGCUUUUGGGUAUGGUGAUGUUCUUUCAAAACAGAUUUUAAAAAAAAAACCUCAGAAUUUCAAGUGAAAUAAUGCAAAAAGAUAGCUGUUACAGAAGGAUCAAGAUAAAGUAUAUGCUUGAGCAUAUGUUGUCCAGAUUGGCAUGUUUCAAUAGAUUUUCAAAGACAAGACCCAAAAUGUUUAAACAGCAGCUUGUGAACGGUUUUACUGGCUCAUAUUGUUUCAAAGCUGAAUAGAAUAUUUUUAUUUUCUUUCCUGUAAUGCUUAUUUGUAGAUUUAUUUUUUAAGUGCAUAGUGUCUGCUUAAUAGUUCCUCUACCUCUAAUGAUGAACACUUAUAUCUUGAAUUAUAGCUUUGAAAUAAAAUUUAAUCUUUCCUCAGCCCUUGCAUUUUAUGUUUUCAUAAUACACUGGUUUUGGUUGGAUCAAGCAGGUCAUACUCAAAGGCUAACAUGGGCCAAAUAAACAAGGUUUAGGUUUAUGUGGGCCACACAAAAAAACCCUUAUAUUUUCAUAGAACAACAUUGUUGUUUCAUGACGGCUGAAUAUAUAUAUAUAUAUAUAUAUAUAUAUAUAUAUAUAUAUAUAUAUAUAUAUAUAUAUAUAUAUAUAUAUAUAUAUAUAUAUAUAUAUAUAUAUAUAUACACACACACACACACAUGGGGGGGGGGUUGCUCUCACCUGAACAUGCUUAAAUGGGGUGCUGCUGGGGGCCAUAUUAUACAAUAAACAAUGCACAAGAUCCAGCGCACUCUCCUAUCUACUAAACAGCAACUUCAAUGUUGACAGAUUUUAUUAAAAAAAUAAUUUUUUUUAAACAUUUUUACAUUUUUAAACAAGUUUUUUUUCCUAAAGGUUUUUUUUUUUUAAAAACACCUAAUCUAGGCAAAAAAUAAUUGCCUAGAUUAGGUGUUAAAAAAAAAAAAAAAAAUCUUUAGAAAAAAAAGUUAGGACCGCCUCCGCCCUCUCAUGGACAGCCUCCGUUCUCUCCUGGACCCUCUCCGCCCAGCUCCGUUCUCUCCUGGACCCCCUCCAUUCUCUCCUGAACACCCUCCGCCCUCCUCCGUUCUCUCCUGGACACCCUCCGCCCGCCUCCGUUCUCUCCAGGACUGCCUCCGUUCUCUCCAGGACCGCCUCCGCCCGCCUGGAUUCGCUUGCCAGCCUCUGGACCGUCUCCGCCUGCUUUAUUUCAUAUCCGCAUGCCUCCAGGUGACUGGGGCAGUGAAUAUCUUUGCCGGGCCGCAAAGACAUUCAGUGUGGGCCGCAUGCGGCCCUUGAGUUUGACAUCCAUGGGUUAGAUAAAAUCUUUCUGAGGUGCCUCCUCCCCUCACAUAUAAAAAAAACAUACAAACACACUAAAGCUCACCUCCGUUCCAGUGCCAAGUCAAGUUCUUCCUACAGCUUGAUCGCCCUAGGCCGACAUAAUUUCCACUUGCCAAACACUGAGAGGAGAACAAGGAGAGGUGGAGGCUAUGCCCCACUGACUAUCAUGCUUGCGACAGUUGCCAAUUUUGUACAAAAUAAACAUUAGCCAGCCUGGAACUUUGUUCCGGCUGGCUAAUGAAGCUGCCAAAGGGUAGAGUAACUUCUGGCAGUCGAGGGGUUAAACUUCUGUAUGUGCAGCAUUUCAAAUUGAAAUGCUGUACAUGCAGGCUCUAGUCUCCAUUAGCACUUAACAAAAUCAAUGAAGAGGUAAUGGAACUUGGAGUAACCCUUUACAUUCUCCCCUUCUCUCAGGUGAACGUUUUAGGUGGUCUAUAUAUGAAGACCAAAAAAUACAAUUUGGUAGGUGCAUAGAUGGAAAUGAAAAUAAUCUGUGUAAUUCUUCUUUAUUUUUCUUAGAACUCGCCGAGCUGCCUCUGGUUCGUUUGGAUUUCUCAUGUAAUAAAGUUACCUCUAUCCCAGUAUGUUACCGAAAUUUGCGCCACCUGCAGAACAUCACUCUUGAUAACAACCCUCUACAGUCACCGCCGGCUCAGGUGAGGCGUCCACAUUUUCACAUGGCAAAAAACUGUGUUUCUCAUAAAGAAGCAAGUUUGCUGAAAAAAUUUGCUUUGUUUGGGGCAUAAAAAAAAAAAAAAAGGCAUGAAUGGUUUUAAAGGCAUACUAUAGUAACCACUGCCAGGGAGACCCUAUACUUAAAGGACCACUAUAGGCACCCAGACCACUUCAGCUUAAUGAAGUGGUCUGGGUGCCAGGUCCAGCUAGAGUUGAGCCUUUUUUUUUUUAUUAUAAACAUAGCAGUUUCAGAGUAACUGCUAUGUUUAUGUUAGGGUUAAUCCAGCCUCUAGUGGCUGUCUCUUGACAGCCGCUAGAGACGCUUGCGUGCUUCUCACUGUGAUUUUCUCAGUGAGAAGACGCCAGCGUCCAUAGGAGAGCAUUGUAAAUGCAUGCGCAUUCAGCCGAAGAGGAGGAGAAGAGGGAGGAGAGCUCCCGCCCGGCACUGGAGAAAGAGGUAAGUUUAAUCCCUUCCUCUCCCCAGAGCCCAGUGGGAGGGGGACCCUGAGGGUCGGUGCACCCUCAGGGCAUUAUAGUGCCAGGAAAACGAGUAUGUUUUCCUGGCACUAUAGUGUCCUUUAAGUAUGAUUUAUGCAUGAUGCUCAUAUCACUGGCAACCGCUGCUUUUCAUAAUAAGACGUUCCUGGUUUUACAAAUAAUCAAUAGAAGUAACCUUGACUGGGCCAAGUGUAUUGAUUUAAUCUAGAAACUAGGGGCUUUCACUGCGGUAGUAAUUAAUGAAAGAGAGUCGCCAAAAGCAACUUUGUUGACUUUCUCGGCUGUUAACCUCCUCAAGCAGUGCUGUGCAGCUAGACAAGCAAAGCUUAAAUGCCUCUGUUAUGUAAAUGCUUCUAAUUUUAAGGCUAGCAAUUGUGUAUUAAGAACAAGUUAUCCCUGUUACAGUAUAUUGACAACAAGCAAGAGUAGUAGUGUGUAUAUUUGCAUUUUAGUCGUCAUCCUCCGUAAUCUGUCAAGAGCUGAGCAUUCUAGCUUGCUUUCAGGGUGGACUGAAAGUGUUUAAUAGUUUGAAUUGCUGAAAAAAAUAAAAUGAGUUGCUUUUAAAGUGGGAUUCUGUCUUGAGUUAUUUUAUAACAUUUAAAUAUGUAUGUGAGCUGUCUGCAACUUUACAAUAUAAUAUUGAUCUUCAGGAAUGUUUUUUUUUUGUUUUGUAUUACAUGUGUACAUAUGAUUAUAUACCAUCCACAUGGAUUUCAUCAAUGUACCUUUUUUUAUCUAAACAGAUUUGUAUUAAGGGCAAAAUCCACAUAUUCAAAUAUCUAAACAUUGAAGCAUGUAAGAGUGCACCAGACCUGCCUGAUUAUGAAAGAAGACCUCAUGGCUUUAGCACGUGGUAAGGUUAACUAUAGAUAGUUAUUAACUGGAUACAUUAUUGAUACUCACCCUGACAUUUCCAAACAUUAAUUAACAACAUCAUUUAUGCACAUUUAUUCACAUCACUGCAAAGAUUAACUUGGCAUCUAGUCUGUUGCAAUGGAAACAUUUAAAGUGGUUAAUUAGAAGACAAUGCUGAAGAUGCACGGUCUGUCUCCAGGCAAGAAGGAGCCUGUUAUUGAAAUACCACUCUACUCUCACCUGGAGGAAAUAGCACAACCACUUGUAGAGUAAUGUGAAAAUGAUUGUCAUGGGCCCGCUACCAUAUUAUCUUUGCUGUCCUCCACUGCAUGUUAGCCUGUUGGGUAGCUGCAAGUCAAAGGCUGUAAGCACAAGCUCCCUGUGGAGAUACACCUUAUGAUUAAUAGCGUCUAGAACCACCUUUAGCUAAAAUAACUUGAAAUAAUCGUCUCUGUAUGACAUUAUCAGUCUCUCACAGUCUCUCCUCGUUGUGGAGGAAUUGUGACCCACUCUUCUCUACAACGUUGCUUCAGUUCAUUGAGGUUUAUUGGCAUUUAUUUAUGCACAGCUCUCUCAAGGUCCUGCCACAGCAUUUCAAUCUAGUUGAGGUCUGUACUUUGACUGGGCCACUGCAACAACUUGAUUCUUAUUUUACAGUCAUUCUGUUGUAGAUUUGCCGGUGUGCUUGGGAUCAUUGUCCUGUAGCAAAACCCAAUUUAGUUGUUUGAGAGAUGGCCUCACAUUUGACUUUAGAUACCUUUCUAUACAGAAGAGUGAAUGGUUCACUGCAAUGUUCCCAGAUCCUGUGCCUGCAAAACAAGCCUAAAUCCUCACUCUUCCACCAUCGUGCUUGAAAGUUGGUAUGAGGUGUUGUGCUGAUAUGCUGUGUUUGGUUUUCGCCAAAUUAUGAGUUGUGCGUUAUGGCCAAACAUCUCCACUUUGGACAUUUGUUCCAUAUCUUGUUGUUUGUUCAGGUGCAACUUUGCAAUCCUAAACCGUGCUGCCAUGUUCUUUUUAGAGAGGAAAGUGUUUCCAUUGGCCAUUUCAAACAAACCAUACUUGUUCAGUCUUUUUUGAAGUGUACUGUCAUGAACUUUAAUAUUUAACAUGCUAACUGAGGCCUGUAGAGUCUGAACUGUAACUCGUGGGGUUUUUUGUUAGUUUUUUUGCAAUUUCUCUGAGCAUUGCAUUGUCAGACCUUGGGGUGAAUUUGUGGGACAUCCACUCUUGGGAAGAUUGGCAACUAGAAUGUUUUCCACUUUUGAAUAAUUGUUCAGAUUGUAGAAUGAUGGACUUCAACCCCUUAAAGGGACACUAUAGUCACCAGAACAACUAUAGCUUAUUGAAUUUGUUCUGGUGAGUAGAAUCAUUACCUGCAGGCCUUUUGCUGUAAACACUGUCUUUUCAGAGAAAAUGCAGUGUUUACAUUACAGCCUAGUGAUAACUUCACUGGUCACUCAUCAGAUAGCUGCUAGAGAUCCUUCCUGGGUCAUGGCUGCCUAUAAUGCAUCCAAACAUUCAGUAUCUCCUCCCUCUGCAUGCAGACACUGAACUUUCCUCAUAGAGAUUCAUUGAUUCAAUUCAUCUCUGUGAGGAGAUGCUGAUUGGCCAGGGCCGUGUUUGAAUUGUGCUGGCUCUGCCCCUGAUCUGCCUCUUUGUCAGUCUCAGCCAAUCCUAUGUGGAAGCAUUGUGAUUGGAUCAGGCUACCACUUCUGAUAAUGUCAGCACAAUGCUUGUAUUUCUGAGUCCAACAGAAUAUAUAUAUAUCUCUAUGUAUAUCCCCUGCCAUAAACCCUGCCACUUAAUGCCGUGCAGAAGGAUGAUUGGGAAGUAACUUAAAAGCGUUGACAAUAUCCGUUUUACUGAGCCAUGCUCCUGUCCCAGCUGCCAAAAUGGCCCAGAUGGCAUUGUCAAUAGUGGCAUAUUGCAGAGAAAAUUCGUCGGAGGGUAUGAGGGAAUUAAGGCUGGGAAUAGUGGAGGAAUUUGGUGCUGAUAAAUCUAUGAUCAGUCUGGGUUUAUGUGAAGUUUUCCCAGUGAUGGCCCCUAUGGUUUUAGUUCUCCAUGAAGUGAAAGGUGGGGAAACAAAUGGCCCUAACAAAAACCCUGUUCUAAUUCAAUCCUUAUGAGAUCACUCACUAACUCUUGGUCUGUUAUUGCGGUUUGUAAAUUAUUACAUUCCAGUGUACCAGCUGGCAAGUGUAUGAUACCCGUGUGAAACCACUCAGACAACACUUUGGUGAGAAAAUUAACCAAGUGUUGUGAGGGGUGGUGUUGCAACAGCACAGCCAAUAACGUGACGUUGAUGCAAGUGUGGCACGGUUUAGGAAAACAUUUAUUAGGACACAUGGAUUUUGCAUGAGCCCGGAAACAGUGAGCACAAACGUGUAACAAUCUACAGGAACUAAAACCACAAGUGCCCGCAUUAAAAUUGUUGCAAAUUUGGGAUUUGCACAGGAAAACAAUGUCGCUACCCAGCUUAUCCUUCAAAAUUCUGGUUGGUCUUGCCAAGCUUGGGCCUGAGUGGCCCUGCUCAACUUCUGCUGUAUUAUGUGGAUGCACAAACUGCACAAGCCGGAGUCCUGAGGCCCACAAAAUGUCUGCAGAAUAACUGUGUCCAGCUUACUCCAAUUUAUGCUGUAGUUAAACUGAGUCAGAGUUGCAGCCACUUUUGCUGAAAAAGAACGGUGGUAGUCAUAAAAGGCUGUUCCAUCGUAUUUGUGCCUCAGCUUGUGCAUAUAUAUGUCUAAUUCUUCUCUUUUCUCAGGAUAUACAGAGCAAUACCCAUCCCUAUAAAUCCCAAAACCUAACACAAAUUCAGGUAUAGACAGUUUCUUGUUUAGCCUAGCAUCUCUUGCCCUCAGUACCACUAAAAUGUCCCUAUAUGCAAAUGUCCUGUUCUCAAGAACAUCCUGGAAGGCAAUGAGGAGUGAGACUAGGUUAACAUCCUUGUCUUCCAGAAUGUCCUUUUUUGAGAUUAUCUGGGACCAUAUGUAAUGGGUUGAUUCUCUCAGGGACCUUAAAUGUGGCAAGAGAGUUACCGGGCGUGACAGCUGAUCCUGCUAAAUCAGGAAUAACAGGACCUGCAGGCACAUGGGAAGAACAGACUUCCAAUUUCUCAAGUCUAUCACUAAUAGUUCCAAUGGAAGACAUCAAUGAGGUCAUCAUAGCAUGAAGAGCCAGCAUCUCAGACCCACUAGGCCCUUCCCCUGCAUCAGAGUUGUCGGUGUUAAUGUUUAGUAGUCUGAACAACUCUGCUUUCCUGGCAGUAACUGGGAAAGGAAUACAUCUUCUUCGGAGCUCUGCUGUGAGGCAUGGAAUAGUCCAUGAUCUAAGGGAAGGCCCAAUGCCACCAUGCAAGGUGAAUAACUAUGUUUUGGCCCGAUGGGCGUAUACCUCAGAGUAUGAGGAUGGGUGUUGGCCUCGCGGGAUCACUAGCCUAUGGAUUAAGACCAGAAGACAGUACCUAGUUGGACACCUAAAAUCACUGAUGGCCAGUACUGUCUAACAGGAGAAAGGUAUAGGAGUUGUGAAAAUCGUACCUUAGAUAGUUUGGAUCAGAAAAGAUGAUUUUUUGCAGAAAUUAGGGAAAAGUGUGGCAGUAUAUACGUGCUGCGACCUAUAGAUAAAAUGUCAUAAGUAUCUCAGCAUAUUGAUAGGUGAGUGGGCCAGAUCGUGGGCCCGAGUAAUAAUAAAGGAACCUACCACAAAACCUAGACGCGAGGAGUGAAAUUUGACAGAAGCUGAUACGGAAUGGAAGGACCUGUAUAAAUGCUACAGUCUGGUCUGACCAAGAUACCUUAAGGAAUUCGAGAUGUUAAUGUAAUAUCAGAAGGAGUUAUUUAAUUAAGCCAACCUUGAACCAAAUUACCAACCUAAAAGGACAAGUUUGUCAAAGCGGGCACAAUUCUUAUGACUAAUCUUCCUGCAACGCACCUGUGGGAAGAACAUCAUGAUGACAAAUGUCAGCUCAUUUAGCAUGAUGAUACAUCAUAAGUUAACAAAUCUAAAUCGCAUCAAUUAUAUACCAAGUAUUUGUAAACCUGUAAUAACAUGUGUAACCAGUAGGGGGCAUCGUGAAGCAAAAUUGACUAUUCGUCUGAAUUUGUAAAAUAGAGAAAUUUAGUAACAUCUGUAAAUGGGAAGAAUCAUGUGAAAAGUAUAUGCCUUUACCCAAUCGUUCACCUGUUUCACAACCAAACAUACUGGAAAGGUUCGUAUGUAUCUUGGUGAAUGAUUAAAACAUACGAACGUAGUGAAAGGACCCGAAACAAUGGUUGCGGUCGUUUUGCGUUUAGAAAGAACCGAAACCCGUAUCCAUAGAAGUAAAACUAAUUGUAUGAAUAGUGGGGAAACGCCUACAACCAUACGAAUACAAUAAGACAUGAAUAGACCCACACCGCGAUGACGUUGAACGAAUGCGACCGCGGCCUUAUGGCAAGGGUCUGACUUGCGGUUGAACAACAAGCGGUUGAGUAAGCCGGAGGAGGCAGCGGGCUUGUAGCGUUUGGUGAGUGGUCAGGUAAGUAGGACAAACUGGAACCAGGACCACGAGGGAAAACUGGUAAGAAAUAGCAAGAUGGCGACUUGAUUGGCAGCCCCUUUAAAGGAGAUUCAAGCCCCUCCCACAACUACAGGCCCAGCCUUUAAAUAAAUAUAUAUAUAUUUAUAUUAGGGGAGGGGGGGGAAACAUUUAUAAAAAAAAAAAAAAAAGCUAACUUUGGCCAGCCAUGAUGGGGUUAUUUCACAUUUGUGGGCUACCUUAUGGUCUCAAGAGGCAACACAGACACAGCAAACCAAUCUGGCAAACUGAAUUGGGAAAGCCCUAUAUUGACCCUGUACCUUUUCAAAACACUAUAAAACCUGUACAUGGUGGGUAUUGUUAUACACAGGAGACUUCGCUGAACACAAAUAUGAGUGUUUACAACAGUAAAACUUAUCACAACGAUGAAAUCGCCAGUAAAAGUGAAUUUUUUUGUGCAAAAAACUAAAAUGAACACCAACUUUGGCAAGCGUUUAUGGCUACUACAAAAGACUGGACAUACACCAUUUUGAAUACCGUGGGUUGUGUACUUUUACAAAUGGUAUGUCAUGAUGGGGUUAAUUUUCAUUCCUGGGAUGCUAUACGGUCUCAAAGACAACAUAGGCCCAGCAAACCAAUCUAGCAAAUUUCAAUGUGCAAAAGGGGAAAGCCCUACACUUGACCCCUGUAAGUUAGCAAAAACCCAUAAAACCUGUACAUUGGGGGCACUGUUGUAUUCUGGAGAUGUUGCUCAACACAUAUUGGGGUUUUCUUUGUCAGUAACACAUUACAGGAACUGAGAAUCCAUGCCUAAAUACAAUGUGAGAGAAAAAUAACACAAAAAUUUCUACCCAAAAGUUUGACAAAGACUGGUGGUAUAAUUAGUGCAUGGAAAGGGUUAAAAAACAAAAAUAAAUGGGGGGCGGGGCUUGACCGCCGAGCUGGAUGGACGUGGGGCACCUCGGCUCCCCGAGGAAUCCCCAAAAAUCUGCCCAAAACAACCCCAUCUCGCCUGAAAAACCUUCAGCAGUAAUAAGGAGGCAAGGGGACCUGAGCAAUAACCCCCGGUGCGGCUGUCGGCUCCCGUCUUGCGGCGACGCCGACUGAUGGACGGGCGGGAUUGUGGCCUGCCGUGAGGCCCUGGCGGGGGAAGCGGUCGAUCCCCCGCGCUUGGUCCGGUGGGACCUCUCGCUCGCCUGCAGAGGGCCCCGUUCUCCCCCCCUGUGGGCCGGGGGGGUUAUCCCGGACCCCACCGGGGAAGUAGAGAUCACCAUCACCUUUGAUAACUGUGCAGGGGAAAAUCUAACCUGAGACCGCAUGGCACAAACCAAGAUGGCUGCCGCGCCUUCUACAAGCCACAACAUCGGAGCAAUGGCUGGGCGCUGUCUGGAAACCGACGCUGAUAAGUACACAGCGUACUGAAGGCGGCCAGCAGGCAACGGAUAACCCUAAAAGGUACAUACUCACCACGCAGGCUUAGCUCACUACCAAGGGCAUAAUCACAGCAUCCAAAACAACACCUCCCAUUGUCACCGGCAGGUCUGUGGGGACUAUAUUCGGACUCUGACCCUGCCUAAACAUAGUGGAGCGAUGGACAUGGGGCACAAGCGCUACUCCCAACCCAAGGCUGGUAACAGCGGACACACUCCUGACCGGCAGGUACCCAAGCAUUUCACAGCGUGAAACACAAGGAAGCCAGCCGACCAAGCACAGCUGCAGGAAUGACCAAGCGACAGCCAACCACAUACACCUACAGUCGAUUUUACAUAUGCAGCCCCCCACAGAAAGCACUUAAAAUGACUAAGCUUACAUAUGUACCCAACUCGACAAGCCCGGCUCUCCGCUGUUCCCUGGUGGCUAAAUCUAAUGAGUAUAUAGAAAGCUGUAACUGAUGUUGUUUUGCAUAGCCUGUAAUCCAACAUACUUAAACCAUACUAAUUUCUAGCUCCAUGUUAAUAGUGAGCAUGUUCGCUAAUCCCUUUCCGUUUGUUUAGCUUGUGUUUAACGGUUUACAGCGAAAAACUACUCAGCUAAGCUAGAAACAGAUAAUACUUAGAUUCCAAUUGUUAUGUUUAAACGUCAUGUCAUCUAAUAACAAAAAUGUGCACAGAACCACUUAGACAUGCCAUUAUUGCAGGUACUCACAGCGUGUAUUAAGUAAAUAGUAAACAGAAUAUGGUACCUGAAUGUAAUCUUAUCUAGAAGCCUUUAUUAUCAGGAAAUGCGCAUUGUCUAGCAAAUACUAUAACUGUUAUCCACCUAUGGUCUAAGCUUGUUAAUAUAAUAUAAAAUGAGGUUAAUAAUCCUAGGAGAUUUCUGUAAUCUGUUAUAGUGACCCUAAUCUGUACAACUCUUGCAAGUCUCCUUCUCUUUUUUCUGUACCACCAUAAUCACAUGCCUCAAUAAAAUAAAGAAUUCAAAAAAUAAAAAUAAAAAAUAAAUGUGAAAUACCCUAGGCAUCUACUUUUCAAAAAUAUAUGGUUUGAUUGGGGUAAAUUACAUUGUCCGGCUUCAAAAAUGUCCCAAACAGGACAUGGGUGCAUGAUGACCAGUUGUGAAAAUUCUAAGUUGGAAAACUGGAAUGCACACCCUCCAAAUAAGGUCAUUUAACCCCCAUAGAACCCAAUACACCUGUACAUGGGUGGUAUCACUGUACUCAGGAGAUGUUGUUGAACACAUAUUGGGGUGUUCUUUGGCAGUAAUGCUUAAAGUUAUCUGUACAUGUUUUCUUAAAUUGCUAUGUGUGUCCAAAAAAACCACCAAUUAUUUUAUAUUUUAAAAAUUUGGCAAAGAUUGGUGGUAAAAAUUUUGCAUGAAAACAGUAAAAAUACCCCAAGUUUAAUACCUUAGGUUGUCGUCUUUUAAAACAUAUAUACAUGUGAAGGGUUAUUCAGGGAUUCCUGACAGAUAUCAGUGUUACAAUGUAACUUGCGUUAAUUGUGGGGAAAAAAAUGGUUUGGAAAUAGCAAAGUGCUAUGAUAUGAUUAAAAUAAUGGUAUCUUUAGAAAGACAAUUUAAUGAUGAGAAAAACAGUUUGUAAUAUGUGUGGGUACAGUAAAUGAGUAAGAGGAAAAUAACAGCUAAACACAGUAGAAAUGUAAAAAGAGCCCUGGCCCUUAACGGUAAGAACAUUUAAAAAUGGUCUGGUCACUAAGGGGCUAAAUUGUUUGGACAUGGCCUUAUAAAUCUUCCCAAUAUUAUAGGCAGCAACAAUUGCUUCUCUAAGAUCAUUGCCUAUGUGUGUUUCCUCCUUGGCAUUGUGCUCACACACCUGAAUGCUCCUAUUAGUUUUUUCUUUUUUCACACAAAAAUAAAUAUGAACGCUAACCUUGGCCAGUGUUUGUGACUAACUGGCUACUAAAAAAGACUAAACAUACCCCACGUUCAAUACCUUGGCUUGUCUACAUUUUCAAAUGGUAUGUCAUUAUGGGGGUAAUUCUCAUUCCUGGGCUACCACACCGUCUCAAAGGUAACAUUACUAAUCUGGCAAAUUUCAAUUUGAAAAUGGAACGUUCUAUAUUUGACCCUGUAACUUUCCAAAACACCAUAAAACCUGUUAAUGGGGGGUACUGUUGUACUCGUGAGACAUCGCUGAUUACAAAUAUGUGCUUUUUAUUGCAGUAAAACCUAACAGUAUUAUGACAUUUACAGCUAAAAUGUGAGGCGGAACUACAAUUUUUUUUUUUUCAAUUAAAAUUUCUCAGUUUUUUACAUUUUAUUCAUAAUAAAUUAUGUUUCAUAGCUAAAUGUUUGAUAUGAAAUGAAAGCCCCGUUUCUCCUGAACAAAAUUAUAUAUAAUAAGUGUGGGUGCAUUUAAUAUGAAAGAGGUGAAUAACGGUUGAACAGACAUAUAGCGCAAAUUCCAGUUUUUGUUUACAUUUUGUUUUGAUCAGAACGUGUACUAUUGACUCCGUCCUGAAGGGGUUAAGACCUGCUAAGUCAUCGAUUGUUAUGUCCUGAAAUGUAAAACCAUACAGGGAGUGCAGAAUUAUUAGGCAAGUUGUAUUUUUGAGGAUUAAUUUUAUUAUUGAACAACAACCAUGUUCUCAAUGAACCCAAAAAACUCAUUAAUAUCAAAGCUGAAUAUUUUUGGAAGUAGUUUUUAGUUUGUUUUUAGUUUUAGCUAUGUUAGGGGGAUAUCUGUGUGUGCAGGUGACUAUUACUGUGCAUAAUUAUUAGGCAACUUAACAAAAAACAAAUAUAUACCCAUUUCAAUUAUUUAUUAUUACCAGUGAAACCAAUAUAACAUCUCAACAUUUACAAAUAUACAUUUCUGACAUUCAAAAACAAAACAAAAACAAAUCAGUGACCAAUAUAGCCACCUUUCUUUGCAAGGACACUCAAAAGCCUGCCAUCCAUGGAUUCUGUCAGUGUUUUGAUCUGUUCACCAUCAACAUUGCGUGCAGCAGCAACCACAGCCUCCCAGACACUGUUCAGAGAGGUGUACUGUUUUCCCUCCUUGUAAAUCUCACAUUUGAUGAUGGACCACAGGUUCUCAAUGGGGUUCAGAUCAGGUGAACAAGGAGGCCAUGUCAUUAGAUUUUCUUCUUUUAUACCCUUUCUUGCCAGCCACGCUGUGGAGUACUUGGACGCGUGUGAUGGAGCAUUGUCCUGCAUGAAAAUCAUGUUUUUCUUGAAGGAUGCAGACUUCUUCCUGUACCACUGCUUGAAGAAGGUGUCUUCCAGGAACUGGCAGUAGGACUGGGAGUUGAGCUUGACUCCAUCCUCAACCCGAAAAGGCCCCACAAGCUCAUCUUUGAUGAUACCAGCCCAAACCAGUACUCCACCUCCACCUUGCUGGCGUCUGAGUCGGACUGGAGCUCUCUGCCCUUUACCAAUCCAGCCACGGGCCCAUCCAUCUGGCCCAUCAAGACUCACUCUCAUUUCAUCAGUCCAUAAAACCUUAGAAAAAUCAGUCUUGAGAUAUUUCUUGGCCCAGUCUUGACGUUUCAGCUUGUGUGUCUUGUUCAGUGGUGGUCGUCUUUCAGCCUUUCUUACCUUGGCCAUGUCUCUGAGUAUUGCACACCUUGUGCUUUUGGGCACUCCAGUGAUGUUGCAGCUCUGAAAUAUGGCCAAACUGGUGGCAAGUGGCAUCGUGGCAGCUGCACGCUUGACUUUUCUCAGUUCAUGGGCAGUUAUUUUGCGCCUUGGUUUUUCCACACGCUUCUUGCGACCCUGUUGACUAUUUUGAAUGAAACGCUUGAUUGUUCGAUGAUCACGCUUCAGAAGCUUUGCAAUUUUAAGAGUGCUGCAUCCCUCUGCAAGAUAUCUCACUAUUUUUGAUUUUUCUGAGCCUGUCAAGUCCUUCUUUUGACCCAUUUUGCCAAAGGAAAGGAAGUUGCCUAAUAAUUAUGCACACCUGAUAUAGGGUGUUGAUGUCAUUAGACCACACCCCUUCUCAUUACAGAGAUGCACAUCACCUAAUAUGCUUAAUUGGUAGUAGGCUUUCGAGCCUAUACAGCUUGGAGUAAGACAACAUGCAUAAAGAGGAUGAUGUGGUCAAAAUACUCAUUUGCCUAAUAAUUCUGCACUCCCUGUAGAAUAGAACCAAAAGCAAUGUACUUUCCUUUCUGUGUGUGUAUUAUACCAGUAUCAACAUUAGUUAUGUUGUAUUACAUGUUUUUUUUAUUGUCCAAUUCCUAGAACUGGAAAUAUUAAUCAUCUUUAUUCAUAUAAGCAAUUAAUAAUUAUUGGUUCCUUUUUUGUAUUGUUGUAGCCAUAUGCUUCGCUUUCAUGUUGACAUUUAUGUUUAAGUAUUUUUUCUAUGAGAGAAUAUAUUUUAUGUUAAUAAUUUUUGAUCUCUGAGCUCCCACUAAUUCUUUUUGUAGUCAUGAUGACACCUAUCCUUUACGAACCUACGGUGCUCUUGACUCUGGUUUUAAUAGUGUUGACAGUGGAGACAAGCGAUGGUCAGGGAAUGAGGUAAGGACACAUUUUCUGUAAAUUAUUCCUAGUUGACAGUAAGCUAAGCAUUUACUAGGUGAACUUGUGCAGCUACUGUGGCUUGUAUUAAUAACCUUUCAUUAGCGUUUGUAUAGGGCAGUUUGGGCACACUAAAUCUACUUGAUUUUAUUAUAUUUUAUGAGACUAUUUGUUUUCAGUGCUAGCUGAAAACAUUUGCAACUUUAAUCGCAGUAACCAUGAGCACACAUCGUCUUAUCAAUCUACAAUUAGUUGUAAUCCGGUCACUCUACCUGGUAAGAUGCAAAAUUAAAGUCGUAAACAUUGUUUUUGGACUUUAAUUCGAUAAUCUGUGCUGUGAAAUUUCCAAUAAGGAUCAGUUGCUUUUUUUUUCUAUUCAUAUGUUCUUUUGCAAACAAAUUUUGCCAGAAAAAUAAACAUUUGAAGAAAAUGGCUCAUAAGAGAAAUUAAGUCAUAUCACCGUCACUUCACAGCAGAUUUUUCUAAUUCACCUGUUACUUCUUAUGGAUUAUUGUAAUUUUUUUUUUUAAAAGUCUUUUUUUUUUUAAAGAAAACAAAAUUUGGGUUAAAAGAUGUUAUUCACAAAUAAAAUCUAAUCUUAAUAUUGUGUAUCUUCCCUUUUGCCAUCACAGUUAACUCUUCUGUCUUAAAUUAUCUCACUUACAUAGCAAUCUGUUUUAUUUCAAGAAAGGGAAGUAGAUAAAUAUUUAUUUUUAAAAAAAUCCUAUUUUUUUUUCUUUUUUUUUUGUAAUUCAGUCGCAGUUCUGUUAGCUUGCCUUUUGCAAGAUAUUUUGGCUGUAGUUUCUUUUAAAUGCUAUGCAAAACUAUUAGGUAUUUAAAAAAAUAAAUUUAAAAAAAUCUCUUGAUAUGACAUUGUGCUAAAUUGCCUUAUCUACAAAUUGGACUAUCUUUUACUCUUUGAAGCCAACAGAUGAAUUUACAGAUCUUCCUCUUCGCUCUUCUGAUGCUCAUAAAGAUCUACGUGUGCGGAAAGACCCCCAACCACCGGAGCACAAAGGCAACGUAUUUAUUCCUAAUGGCGGAGGUAAGUGAUUACUUUGGCUUGUAGGUGUUGUUGAUAUUGACUUAUUUGUUGUGCAUGAAAAUAAUUCCAUAAAAGUACUGAUAGUUUAUCUCAUUCGCAGUGGAGCAUGAUUUGGAUCAUAUUGAUUACAUAGAUAGUUAUGCUACUGAGGAGGAAGAGGAAGACGCAAGGCUAUCUAGAGGAAACAGUCUAAGUUCACAGUUCAUGGCAUACAUAGAGGAGCGCCGAGUAUCGCAAGGGGUGAGAUGCCUGUUGGAAGAUCAUUUUUAUUUUAUGUAUUUGGCCACUAAAUGAUUAAACAUUUACAAGCAGAGUUGUUGAGCCCUACGUCAUAAAAUCUCAUAUGUAUAUUAGAUCAUCUUAUUGAAAUUCAUAUAGAUAAUGUACCUUUCCACUGCUGGAAUAUAGAAAUGUUAGUACUUUUUAGACAGAGUUAAAUAAAUUACUUCGUUGUAUACCCCUCGUCAAACCUUAAUAGCAGAAAACCAAUUUAGGGAGGAUGAUUUUUCUGUGCUGGCUGGUUUAUUUUCUUUCUAGAGAAACGUAAUAAUGAACAGAGCUGUGCUCUGAAAUAUCAAGACAAGCAUAUCUCAUAUAUGAAACCUAGGUGUCUAGUUUCUAAAUUUGCAGUCAUGCCUUUUUUACUUUCCAUGUAUGUAAUUGUUGUGCAGUUUAGAAUGAAUUCUGGCAUUUAAUAGAAUGUUUUAUAAUAUUGUAAGGUCUUUACAGUAUUCUAUAUUUUUGCCUUUAUAUUGUCAAAUGUACUGAAAAACUGACUGAUAAAGAAAGGGACACUAAAGUCACCAGAACUGCAGCUUAAUGUAGUUGUUGUGGUGAGUAUAGUAGCUCCCUUCAGGUAAACACUGCCCUUUCAGAGCAGUAAACACUGCCCUUUCAGAGCAGUAAACACUGCCCUUUCAGAGCAGUAAACACUGCCCUUUCAGAGCAGUAAACACUGCCCUUUCAGAGCAGUAAACACUGCCCUUUCAGAGCAGUAAACACUGCCCUUUCAGAGCAGUAAACACUGCCCUUUCAGAGCAGUAAACACUGCCCCUUCAGAGCAGUAAACACUGCCCCUUCAGAGCAGUAAACACUGCCCCUUCAGAGCAGUAAACACUCAGAGCAGUAAACACUGCCCUUUCAGAGCAGUAAACACUGCCCUUUCAGAGCAGUAAACACUGCCCUUUCAGAGCAGUAAACACUGCCCUUUCAGAGCAGUAAACACUGCCCUUUCAGAGCAGUAAACACUGCCCUUUCAGAGCAGUAAACACUGCCCCUUCAGAGCAGUAAACACUGCCCCUUCAGAGCAGUAAACACUGCCCUUUCAGAGCAGUAAACACUGCCCUUUCAGAGCAGUAAACACUGCCCUUUCAGAGCAGUAAACACUGCCCUUUCAGAGCAGUAAACACUGCCCUUUCAGAGCAGUAAACACUGCCCUUUCAGAGCAGUAAACACCGCCUUUUAAAGCAGCCCUGCCGUUCAGUGUCCCCACGCUCUUCAUGCAGACGCUGAAUUUUCCUCAUAGAGAUGCAUUGAUUUAAUGCAUCUCUAUGAGGAAGUCCUGAUUGGCUAAAUGGUGGGUUUAUCACUAUAGGGUCAGAAAUACAAGAUUGUGUUCCUGAUCCUGUAGUGAUCCUUUAAGGUUUUUUACAGUAAAGUCUUUUCAGAGAAAAUGCAGUGUUUACAUCACAGUCUAGGGACACCUCCAGUGGCCACUCCUCAGAUGGCUACUAGAGGUGCUUCCUAUGGCUAUGCAGCACUGGCAUUUAAUGUCUCCACCCUCUGCAUGGAGACUCUUACAUUUCCUCAUAGAGAUGCAUUGAUUCAAUGUAUCUCUAUGAGGAGAUGCUGAUUGGGGAGUGUGGUGUUUGGCUCUGCCUCUGAUUUGCCUCCUUGGCUGACAUCAUCAGAAUUUACAAUCUCAGCCAAUCCAAUGCUUCCCUAUGGGAAAGGAUUGUGCUUGGCAGAGAUAAUCACUUCUGAUAAUGUCAGCCAAGGAGGUUGACGAGAAGCAGAGCCAGCAUCAGACUGAAAUAAAGGUAAAAUAGCAUGUUAUCUGUUUUUAUUUCAGUCUUUUAACGCUUAUUUUUUUAUUUGUAGGUGUCCCCUUCAAAACAAACUCCAACUAGAGGAUAUCACAAAUCUGACGAAGGGCAGAGGCAUUUAAGCAGGUAAAAAAAAAAAAACACACACAAAAAAAAACACACCAUAUCCAUCUAACUCGGUCUGUUGUGUACCACACAUCUAAAUUUAACAGCUAAGUGCUCCUUUCAAAGUGGUACCAUGAUUUCACCUUAUCUGUGUAUACUUCGAGUCUUACGUGACGUAUAUUUUGAUAUGACUAUAUCUGUCACAGAGACCCUGAAGAAUUAAGAAGGCCAGAGUCACUAAGUUUACCACAAAGCAAAGAUAGACAACCUUCACCAUGCAGGUAAAGUGAAAAGUAUAAAUUUGAGGCUGAGUGUUAUGAAAGUAAGUGGCAGAUUAAUAAAAACUGAGGCCAAGUCUUGCAGUAGGUUUUCAUUUUAGUUCAGAAAGUCAGGAAUUGUUUAAUCUCAUGAUGCCACAGUCAUACUUUCCUCGAUAUAUAUGUAGUUGAAAUGAGUAGCUAACAAACACUUUGCAGGUACUUAAACUGUAAUAAUUGAAAUGAAUCAGUGAUCUUUUCAGUCAUUAAAAGUUAUUGUUCAUAAUGACCUUACUGAAUGACUUAAAAGAAGAGGUUAUGACAUGAUAAAGUGCGUUAUUUGUGGAGCUACAGGAAAAGUCCAUUCAUUCUGUGUUUAUAUCAUAAACAAUUAUAAGCAUAUUGUUUAUUUACUCUGAAUGUCUAACCUACUUAUUAUUAUUUUAUUAUUUAUAUAGCGCCAACAAAUUCCGUAGCGCUGUACAAUGGGUGGACUAACAGACACAUAAUUGAGAUCAGACCACUGACGUACAGGAACAGAGGGGGUUGAGGACCCUGCUCGAUGAGCUUACAUCUUAGAGGGAGUGGGGUAUAGUGACACAAAGGGUUAAAGUAGGGGAAUUAAAUAGUUUGUUACAGAAGGGUUUAUUGAGUGCUUGGUAGGUCAUUUUUGACAGGUGCGGGAACGGAGUCAUGGGGUGGGGGAUGAGAAACCUGCUGACAGUUUAAUUGAUACGCUUUAAUGAAGAAGUGAGUUUUCAAAGAUUUUUUGAAGGAGUGGAGGCUGGGUAAAAGUCUGAUUGAGGAGGGAAGGGAGUUCCACAGAAUAGGUGCAGCCCUGGAGAAGUCUUGAAGGCGAGCAUCAGAGGUAGGGAUCCAGGUAGAGGAUAGGCGUAGGUCUUGGGCUGAGCGCAGGGGUCUUGACGGGACAUACUUGUGUAUGAGGGAGGAUAGGUAUGUUGGAGCAGCAUUAUCUAGGGAUUUGUAAGCAAGCGCCAGAAUUUUGAAUUGGGCCCUAUAUCUAACUGGAAGCCAAUGCAGGGACUGAGAGAGCGUGGAGGCAUGGGAGGUGCGACCGGACAGAAAAAUAAGCCUCGCAGCCGCAUUCAUUAUAGAUUGCAGCGGUGCAAGCUGGGAACAUGUAAGACCGGUAAGAAGGGGAUUGCAGUAGUCAAGGCGAGAGUGAACAGCAGCAUGAACCAGUACCUUAGCCGCGUCCGGCGUUAGAUAUGGGCGGAUGCGCGCUAUGUUCUUGAGUUGGAAGCGACAGGAUUUGGCUAUCGAUUGAACAUGGGAAGUAAAAGAGAGAUCAGAAUCAAAAAGAACCCCUAGGCAGCGAGCCUGGGAGGUAGAGGUGAUAGUAGCGCCGUUGACUUGGAUGGAGAAAGACACAGGUGUAGCAGCACUUGAGGGAGGAAAAACUAGAACUUCUGUUUUGGACAGGUUGAGUUUAAGGAAGUGAGCAGCCAUCCAGUUGGAAAUAGCAGAGAGGCAGUCAGAAACACGAGUCAAGGUGGGUGGAGAGAGAUCAGGGGAGGACAGGUAGAUUUGCGUGUCAUCUGCAUAUAAAUGGUAUUGGACGCCAAAGGAGCUGAUGAGUUUACCAAGGGAGGCAGUAUAAAUAGAGAACAGUAGGGGGCCAAGGACAGAACCUUUGGGGACGCCGACAGGGAGGGGUUGGGGAGAAGAGACAGAGCCAAGGAAAGAAACACUGAAAGAGCGCUGGGAGAGGUAGGAGGAGCACCAGGAGAGAGCAGUAUCCCGUAGACCAAAGUUACGGAGAAUGUGAAGAAGCUGUUGAUGAUCAACAGUGUCAAAGGCGGCAGAAAGAUCAAGGAGGAUUAGGAUAGAGUAUUGGCCGCGAGAUUUAGUAGCAAUUAAAUCGUUGGAUACUUUGGUCACAGCAGUUUCGACAGAGUGACCAGCGCGGAAUCCAGACUGAAGGGUGUCAAGCAGAGCGUUGGAUUCGCGAAAGUCUGUCAAUCUGGCAUAGACAACUCUCUCGAGGAUCUUGGAGGCAAAUGGCAGUAGCGAGAUAGGGCGGUAGUUGGAUGGGGAGUUGGGAUCAAGGUUGGGCUUUUUCAGAAUUGGGGUUACGGUUGCAUGUUUGAAGGCAGAGGGAAAUGUGCCAGAGGAAAGGGAGAGAUUAAAAAUGUUAUCGAGAGGACAAGUAUGUCCCGUCGAGACCCCUGCGCUCAGCCCAAGACCUACGCCUAUCCUCUGCCCGGAUCCCCACCUCUGAUGCUCGCCUUCAGAACUUCUCCAGGGCUGCACCUAUGCAGGGACUGACAGAACGUGGAGGCGUUGGAGGUGCGACCGGACAGGAAAAUAAGAGCAAAUGAUAUUGAAUCAUUAAUAUCUUGGAGCAGGUUUUAUUUAGAGUAUUUGUCUUUUUCAUUGUUGUGCUUUUCUUUUAGGAAUGUGCUGAAUGCUAAUCACCUAAUCUCCAUGGCAAACAGUCCUAACCAGGUAAUAUGAAAAAAGAAAAUGUGUUUAAUUGGCAAACAUGUUCCUCGCUUGAGUCCGAAUGAUGUGUCCUCACUCCUUUAGAAUUACACUUUGCUCAACCAAGCUUCCAUUGCUCGUUGGUAACCUUUAAUGCCAUGUUACAUCACCAAAGACAACUCUAGAAGUAAUGCUUAUGUUUAAUUCCAUUCUUAAUUUAUGGAUAAAUUGACCAAACAAAAGAAAGUGAGAUCCUAGACUAGAUAUUGGUAAAAGUAUUAGACAUUAAAAAUAAAUAAAUACAUUAAAAAAAAAUAAAAUAAAAAAAUUGGGGAGAUGUCGUUCCAUUGCACAAUUUGCAAGUUUUUAUUUAACCAUUGUACUAUACAAGGGCAAUUCUGCAGCAUUAUUUCUGGUGUUUAAACCAAAUCAGGGUGUCACUGCAGACUGCUACGAUGCUUUAAUUGGACUUCUUCCUGGCACUCUGCAUGAUCUACCCAGUAUCCUGCAUUAGAUACAAACCUGUUCCAUUGCAUCCCACCUCCCUCGAGAGCUGAUAUCUUCGCUUGUGGUCUGGUGACCGUGGAAUGCAUCGGAAGGCAUGUGUACCUACCUGAAGCUGUCCCUUACGACCCCCAACAUAUUCUUUCUGAUAUCUGACUUCAGCACUGAGGAGGAUCCUGCCUGACAAUGAGUGAGAUGUCAGAAUCUCACAGCCAUAACUUGUGAUGGCUGCUGGCAUUGGACAAAAGUUGAGAUCUGCCUUUUUUCAACCUCAGGCUUUACCAUAAGACAAAGUAGUCACUACUUUGUCUUGUUAUCUUUGGAUUGCAUUGGAAUUUUUGUGAAAUUUCAACGCAGCCAGUUUACGGUUUUAUUCAGGCUCAAGGUCCUACACGUACAUUAACAGCAUUAUGCUAAUAAGGCAAGACCCAUGAAUAGUGCAUUUCAUAAAAGCUGUAUAACUCAGUUACUUCUCCCUGGUGCCACAGACAGAUGCAGACCGUAGAAAAGAAAUGAUCGAAAAUACGAGAAAGCAGGCCCAGAUAGCAGCUCAAAGGUAUGAAGAGGAGAGAAAGAAGGACAGCCUCAUGCAAGCAGGUGUUCCGAGGGUAAGUUGUAUAAAAUCUGUCAUGCUGAUUGUUGAAAUAUGGUUGUCGGUUUUGUUCACCAACAAAUAUAUAACUGUAUAUUAUAUGCAUUUACUGUAUAUUAAUCCCCUCAAAAAUCUUUUCAUAUAUUUUUCAUAAAGUAGGAAUUGCACUCCAUGACUUUGUUGCAUUUUCCAUGUACAACCCAAAUUUCAGAGUACAGUUUUUAGGAGCCUUGCUGUGUUCUUUUAAAACCUACUUUGCAUUUGUAAAGUACAAUAUACAUACAUUUAGAUUUUUUUUUUUUUCCCAGCAUGUACUCUACAGUAAAAUAAAAACGAAUGUUUUCUAACAUCUUGAUAUGUGACUUAAUAUCUUAAUUUAUAUUUUACUUAUGUUAUUGGAUAAUUUGUAAAUUUACUUAAUUGACAGACCUGUCCUAUACCAGUCAGGAGUUCUGGAACACACCAGUUUUUAAAAGUUUUUCAAAAUUUGUUUAGUUUACUUAAAUAUCAAAGAAGAUUGAUACAUUAAAGAACAGAUAAUCAAUUAGAUAUAACAACAAAUAGGUGGAUACUACUACCAAACUACUAUCCAAUUAAAAUAAAAUAUUAAUUGUACCUCUUUGUUGGAACUACAUUUAAAGAUCAUGUAUAGAUGGUACAUGGUUCCUUUUGAGCUACAUAAAAGAUAUGAAGCAAAUUCACCUCUAUGUUGGAGAUGUAAUCUAGAGACUGGUACGAUACUCUAUAUAUGGUAUAGUUGUGGUAUAUUAAAAGAUAUUAAAGUCUGUAUAUCCCCCCUGAUCUAGGUUCUAAUUCCAGAUACCAUCUUACUCACACCUUCCCUUUUCCUCUUUUAUCUAGAUUUCCCCAUAAUGGAGAAAAAAAUAUAAAUAUUUAAUUACACAUUCUGUAUGCACUUAAGAUAUCUAUAGCUCGUAAUUGGAAAUUCAGCCAACCUCCAUUACGGCAAGAAAUAAUUAAUCAACUAGAUUAUCAAUAUACAAUGGAAAGUUAUGGUAUAGCUUCCUCUGGAAAAUUUAUCUCUUACCGAGAUUCAUGGAAUCCCUGACUUAUCUAUAAAAAUAAGGAAAAUGUACUCUAGGACAAAAAAAAACUUUGAUGUUUACUCCCCCAUACUCAACAUCGGGCCCUGGAUACUGCAGUAUUUGUAUCUGUUUUUGUAUUUGCCAGAAAACUGUGAUAAUACUGUGCUGAUACUCUCUUAUUUGUCUUUCAUGCACUUAAUAACACAUUUUAUCAAAUUCACGCAUUUAAAUCUAUCACAUGUUUACUGUUGGCAAUGUCAUUAUUAAAAACAAAGAGAAUAAAUAAAUAAAUCCGUGUUAAAAAAAAAUUGUAAUAAACCCAAAUGUUAAAAUUUUGAUUAAUCAUUCCACAAGACCUUCUUCCAGUCUUUAACAGUCUACUCACAGUGCUUUAUGGACCAGAUAAACCUUUAUUUUAUCUUAGCAAGGUCUUCUUUUUGCCGCUUGAUGCCUUUUCUCCACUAAUGAAAUGAGACUUGCUUACGUUGACCAGUUAAGUUACUUUCCCAUGAGCCACCUUUCAUGCAAGCUGUUGAGUCAGAAAUUCAUUCUUCUGAUUCUGUUGUGGCUUUGGGCAUGCCAAACAUCUUUUUGUCAGCCUAUUUACCAUUUUUCAUGUGCCUUCUGAUGGUAUAAGAAACGGUACUCAUUGGUGUUCUAUACGAUUUCUCUAAAGGACAGAUAAUGGUCUGUCUUCCUUUGUGGAUUUCCAUUUUUUUUUUCUCACCAACAGGGUAGCAGUAUUUGUCGUCUUCUUUAUGCAAUACAAUACUGUUGAAAUAAUGCUUUAAAGAGUAUAGUAAGUGUUCCAACACAGAUUUUAAACUGAGGGUUUGUAAGUAAUUGAAGCUGGGGCACCAAUAGGAAUUAUCAACUGUUCACUAUCUAAUUUAUAUAUAUUACUACAUUACAGCUGUAAGGUGCUAAUCUGUUACUUGUUACCCAGGAGCUUCUUUUGUGCCAAUUUAGCUGGAAACAACCAUUGGCCUCCAGAAUAGCAUUUUUUAUGUUUAUUGAAAGCUCUUCUAUGGUACCUAGACUGGUUCCUGAGACUUUACUAGUCUUGUUUUAUAGUCUAGACCUACCCUGUUUGAGUCUGUCUUAGCUGGUAUUUUUACAGGCAUGUUUCAAACAAUGUCAUCACGAAUCUUUUGCGAUGUACAGUAGGGUUUUCAUCUUUUUAGUUUCUGUUCAAGUGACCAAUAUGUUUUGCUUUUUCAGCAGAAUGUUGUGAGCCCUCAGAAACCAAGUCCACUGAGCAAUGAGGUAAGUAAAAUAUGGCAGUUUGUUUUAUUAGAAUGUGACAACAACUAGAAAUCUAAAACAGUGUGUAUUACAAUGUGUAUUUAUGUAUACCUCUUGCUCACUUGGAGCAGGCUAUAUAUCUCAUUAGCACUUGGCAUAACUUAAAAGAGCAAGUUGGGCACUUCAGAAGAAUGCUGGGUUGGCACUUCAUGGAUCAUUAUAUUAUUACAACAAUAAUCUAAAGUGCCUGAACACUCUGCUUUUCUGGAUUUAUACUUUAAAUAAUAUUCUUUUGUUAUUGCUGCACAGUUGCAUGCCACCAUGGUUACACCAUAAUGAAUGUUAGGGAUUUGUAUAGCUAUUUUUUUGUUUGUUUUUGAAAGAACAUUUCUUAAAGGAAAUUAUUCAACAAUAUCAUAUUUUAGUUAGCACAUAUUAAAAUGAUGUAAUUAAUUGUUAAAAAAAAAUAAUAGUAGUUUAAUUUCAACGAACACCUCCACUAGCAUGUCCGCAUAAGAUACUAACAUUGUUGUGACCACUUAUUUAUGAGUAUUGUCUAAUAGUACAUUUGAAAUGCUUUAAACUAUACUAAUAGGUUGUUUGAUGAAAACACAGAAAAUCCAAUUGGUGAUGGUGCAUGUUCCUACUUGCUGAUAACUGGUAUCAGGAGAAAAUAUUAUUUUUAGUGUCUUCCUACAUCCAGAUAAUUGAAUGAGCCUGCCAUAUUUAUCACAUCUUUUCCGAAGGCAAUAGACUAUGGGUUACACUUACCUAGUCCGCAUUCAAUAAAGUUUUGAUAUAGUCUUUAGUGUGUACUGCUGCCCAACGGGUGUUUAUCUAUUAAACAAUGAUGACAAACCUCAUAAAGGUAAUCAGCAAUAAUGAUUUGGGGAUUCAACUGACAAACACUUUACUAAACUAGUGCAAAAAAAUUCACAUUUUUUUCUGUCAGUGAAAGAGUUCACCUUCUGUUGCUUGACUAUAGCAUAGUUAAUUGAGCAAUGCAUGUUGUGCCCUCACCUACUCAUGUUUUAAAGCUCUCUUAUAUGCCUGAAUUUCAAGUCACCUCAUUGAUGGCUUUGGGAUCCUCAUUUACUUAAACUUACUUUACAGUCUUAGAGAGACUUUAUUAUGUUACUAUGGUGAUCAUUCAAAGGGGGUGAAGCAAUAUAAUAGCGUUGUUCACCACCCGUCAACUGCCUUGAUCUCUUUAAUACUCAAUGAUUAUUCUCUCUCUUUCUCCUUGUCUCUCUUUUUUUGUUAGAAGUAGGGACUGCUUUUUUUAAUGAGUGUUAUAUUUAGCAUCGGGCAGUACUUCAAACUCAAGUAAAAGAGUGCAUGAAUGACCUUUUUGCUGUGACUAGAUCUGGGGACAAAGUGAUAUGUUGAAGUAGCAUUACAAUUAAGUAUGUCGAUUAGUUUGACAACAAAUUGAUUAAUCUGACAUAGAACCCAUACAAUUCAUUUAUAGACGAAACAAUCAGUUUAAAAAUGAAUCAAAAGAUGUUCUAUGCCAAGUGAAUCAAUGGAUGCACAUGCCUAAUUUCCACUUUUUUCUUCUCUAUUUUAUAAACUGACACACUUUGUUUUUUUGUUUUUUUUCAGUUUUCAUAGGACAUUGCCAUUUUUUGUGUUCUCAUCCUCAUUUUACUGCUUGUUUUAUUUUUGCCUUGUUUGUGUGUGUGUGUGUUUCUGACAUUGCUCCAUCUCUCCCUGCUUUCAUCCCAGUGUCCCCUCCCAUCCAGACGCUCCCAGCACACAGAUGAUAGUGCCUUGUUAGUGGUAAGAACUGUGCAUGGAAUAAUCUGCCACAAUCCAGUGUGUAAAUUCAGCAUGGCUCAAUCCUACAUGGAAUUAUUGGGACCCAAAUGCAUGGGGAAGCAUAUAAACCAUGUAUUUACACUUGGUGCUAUACCAAGAAGUGACUAAGUGCAUUUGUCUUCUGCAUAGCUGUAGUUAAAAUUACAAGUAUAACUGCUUACCGAUUUGAGAUGAAUGCUAUAUAGAUCAUCUAAAAUAUGUUCAUUAAUCCCAUAAUUGGCUACUUUACGUAAACACUCACUUUUAUCUGGUGCUCCUUCAUACAAUUAUUGAAUAAUCUGCCACAUUAUAGUUAGUUGGAUUGCAAUUUACAUAUACAUCAUUAAGAAUGGUUGCUGGAAUUGGUAUGCUUACCACAGAGUUAACUACGGGUUGCUUAGAAUAUUGAUGUCAUUUCCCACCGAUGAUUGGUAAACAGAUAAUAUGGCCUUGUACAACACGAAUCUUAGUGCUUGUCUUAGCUGGUGAUUUACUGUAACCUUUGGAAUGUUAAUAUGCCCCUCAUAGUAUGUAUGGUAGUCAUUUAUGCUUCAUUGUACUGGAAGGUGUAUUUGAUCAGUGACUUGAAACUGAACUAUCACCACCUGGGGACUUUGCCUAAUGCGCAGACCUCCGAUGGUGACAUUGUCGCUGGGUGGGGUGGAGAAGAGGUAGUAGGUGAUAUAAGAUUUACUUACCUGAACCUGUCCCUUGUUGUUGGUCUGCUCCUCUUCCGCUCCUGGUGCUUCAGCAUCAGGAGUCGACGUUACUGGUGGUCUCUCGCACAUGACCAGGCACUGGUGACAGCUGUGAGGAUUAACACUUAGACUCAGCCCUAAGCCUAAGCAAGUCAGGCAGAGGAGAAAUACAGAGACAAAGUAGUUCCUACUUUGUCUCUGUAUAUCUCUUGCUGGGUUGGAAUUUCAGUGAGAUACCAACACAGUCAUAAUGAGUAUUUCAUAAUGAUUUCAUCUUUAUGAAAUACUAUUCUAAAAAGGGGGGAGGUGGGGUGCAGUAUUUAAAUGUAUCUGAUUAACUUGAUAGAGUACUCUUCAACUCAAUCAGGACCAAACGACUGCUUGUAUGGCUUUGGCUUGUACUCCAUGUUGCUAAUACUUCCAGCAUUAUUCAAUUCCUUGAUCUAUACAUAGAUUGGUCUGCAUGCCUUAGCUGUGAGAGCUGUAGUUCACACUCUCUUAUAUGCUGGCUGAUAAAUCCUCAACAACCGGGUUUGGCUUUUGUUUUUUGUCAUUCUAUCCCAAGCAGGGACAGAAUGAGAACAAUCUGAACCCAGGGCAAACAUGGGCUCUGUGCCCCCUUCAUGGAAACUUGAUAAGAAAGGAUUCCCUUGUCAGUUCUCCACAAUGCCAUGUUUGCAUAUAGUGUACCCCAUGUGUAUGCACGUUUGAGUCUAUCUUGUCAGGAUGAAUGUAGGUGCCAUUUUGUGUGUUUGCAUAUAAUCACUGUAAAUGUUUGUGUGGAUUUUCUGGUAAUGCUAGUAUGCUUGAAUUUAAUAAUGCUUUUAAGUGGUCAAACACAGUAAUAUUUUGUGAGUAGUGAAAGCUUGUGUAUUUGAACAUUGUUUCCCAAUGGGAUGUAUAUGGGUAUCGUGUCAGGUUUUUUUUUAAUAUAGGCUUGUAUUUGUGUGUGAUGGCAAGAUACAAACAAGCAUUUGUACAUAGCUGCAGCCUGUUAGUGUGUGAAUAUAAGGAAUUGUGUGUUAGUACCUCAAGUUUGUGUUAAUUCACGUUUGUAUUAGUGCAUAGUGUUGCAAUCUGAAAUGUAUGGAUUUUUUGUGUAAUCUGUGGGAAUAUAGUCUAUGGAAUGUGUGAUUGCAAUUGUUGAUUUUUAUUUUAUUUAUUAAUUUUAUUUUAUUUUUUUACAUUUGUAUAUGAGUAAAUAUAGAUAUAUUUAUGUAUAAUUCCAAUUUGUGUAAACAAAUGGAUAUAUUUUUAAGAUGUUACUGUUACUGUGUUUGAAGCAUUAGUGAAUUGAACAAGUACUUGUAGCAUUGUGUGUCAAUGCAGGAGUGUUUUAUUUUGGAGUGUUUUGUCACAUACCCUCUUCCUCUACCUCCUCUAUUUGUCUGUCUCCUUCUACCCUUUCAAUUGUCUGUCUCCUUCUACCCUUUCAAUUGUCUGUCCCUUUACCCCCUCCUAUUGCGUCUGUCCAUUUACUCCCUCAACUUGCGUCUCUCCCUUUACCACCUUCACUUGCGUCUCUUUCUCUUCCCCUCUGCUUGCUUUCCUUUCUCUACCACCACCUACUUGCUUCUCUCUACCUUUACCCCCGCCUACUCGCGUCUCUACCCUGCCUGUCUUCUAAUCCAUUUCCAUUUUUUUUUUUGUACCUUAUUUUUGUUUGUGCAUCGCAUUACAAAGUAACACAUUUCAUAUGAGUUGCAAAAUGCUAAUUUCCAAAACCUGAUAGAAAAUGGCAUAAAGAACAUCAAUAAAAAAAGAGUAUAGGAAACCUUCAAACUAAAGCUCCUCCGUAAAUCAGCUAGUCUAGUCAUGAGGGGAGAUAAAUGAAGACCUCCCGUAUGCCAUUCAGCCUAUUCCUGCCAGGAAACAGUCCCUCCAAAAUAGUACUGUUCAGCAAGAGAAGUGCCACACGUGUUUGCGAUAUGGUACCAGGAUGGUAGAGCAACCCCUAUGUCGUCCUCUGUAUACUCCUCCUUGCUCCAGCCCGCUUGGUAAUCCAGGGCUCAGCUUGUAUGAGCCCAGCUCCAGUGCAGGCCUAUGCAACGCCUUCCCUGUAUAUGUGGCCAAUGCAGUCUUUGCCACCUGAGGCGCACUGCCAGACAGCCCAAAGCCAAGUGUUGAUCCUGGGACAUCGAGGGGACCUCUCAGGUGAGUACGGUGGUGAGGCUUGUGGGACAGGCAUAAGGUACCCGAGUUGCAGCUUCGUCCAGAAUUCUUUAAAUAGGUUGUCCAGCUUAUACAGAGCUCUGGACAUUGCAUCCUGGUUUUCGGGGGGGAGGGGCACACGAUAUGAGGAUGCUUGGCCCCCAUUCACCAUCUCCAUACUAAGAGUGAAGGUGGGUGGGAAAUCCGGUAACCUGCGUAGAACCAUGUGAAAUGUUAUUACUUCUCUUUAACAAGUGAGUUGUUCUGUCUGAUGACUACAAUUAAAGAGACACUAUAGUCACCAGAACAACUACAGCUUAAUGUAGUUGUUCUGGUGAGUAUAGACAGUCCCUGCAGGCAUUUUCAUGCAAACACUGUCUUUUCAGAGAAAAAGCAGUGUUUACAUUAAAGCCUAGGCACACUUCCAGUGGCCACUUCUCAGAUGGCUACUACAAGUGCUUCAUGGGGCAGUGCAGCACUGCGGUUCAGUGUCUCCACGCUCUGCAUGGAGACGCUGAACUUUCCUCAUAGAGAUGCAUUGAUUCAGUGCUUCUCUAUGAGGAGAUGCUGAUUGGCCAGGCCGGCAUUUAACCCUGUCCCCACACCGCCUUCUUGACAAUGUCAGCCAGUCCAAUGCUUUCCCUAUAGGGAAGGGAUUGGCUGAGAUCAUCAAUUCUAAUAAUGUCAGCUAAAAAGGCGGGUUGGUGGCGGGGACAGCGUCUGUGGUCUCGUGCAGCCCUGUAAAAAAAAAUAAAAAAAAUUAUCCCUUUCUAGGGAGGAGAGAUUUUAACACUACACGGUCACGAAUACAUUUGUGUUCCUGACCCUAUAGUGUUCCAUUAAUCAUUUUUGUGCAGGACUAUAUUGUGUUUAACCUUUAAUUAUGCUAUAUUCUCCUUGUAAUCUGUUCUUUUGGCAUGUGCAUAUAUUCUUGUGUUUUAACUUUUUCCAUUGUUUUUACUUUUUUUGUUUGUGUAUUUUCUUUAUUUAAGUUUCACAUAGUCCUGAUGUAUGGGGCCCAAGUAUGUGCUCAUUGACACUGGACAAACGAGUCCAUUAUCCUUUUAUUCCAACAAAGCAUUUUUCAGUGUAUUUGUGUAUUUUAAGUCGAACAUGUGCUUUGAUGGCAUCUUAGCUAUGUUUGAAAUGGCGUUGUGGGAAGACCCCUAACUGUCAUGCUGAUUGGUAGCACUCUGGGCUGAUCUGUUUUAUAUUAUAAGUAUUCUGAAAACAGUAUUUGUGGGUAAUUGUCCCUAUUAUUAUUAUUAUUAUUAUUAUUAUUAUUAUUAUUAUUAUAAAUGCCAACAAAUAAUGCAGUGCUGCAGAAUUGGUGUAAUAACAAACAAGUAUUCGCAGCAAAUCCAGUUGGACAUAAAGGUAGAGUAGGUGCUGUGGGCCCAUCUCAAACAAGCUAACAUUCUAAUGAAUAGACACUUUACAGAUAAGAAUGCCAGUAAAUAUUUAUAUUCACUACCAAGUGAGAACGUCCCUGACUGAUUUGACAAAUGCUACAAUGCUGAUGUUUACCGCAUAAUAAAUGUUUUAUGCUAGGAAUAGUUUUUAGAUUUUUUUUACGUUUUUUUUCCUUUGAAUUAAUAUAGGUGUUCUAAAUAUAGGAAUUGCUUGUAUCCCUAUGAUAUGAGUUUGUUAGUUCAAAUGCAUAUCUUCUUUGUAUCUAUAAACUUUCUGUGAUCUUUGCUUACAUUGUACUAAUAUUAAUUGUUCUGCUUUACACUUUGUUUCUGUACAUCCUAACAACUUCGUACAACUUCUUUCCAUAUUUCUUUUCUGUUUGUUUCUCUCUCUCUGCCGCUGACAGAAUGGCUUUGAGCCACUCUUUUUCUUUGAGGUUGACAAUAGCACCAAUACCAUUAAGAGGAGGCCAGGAAACCACAUGCAGGUGAAUCAAGCAUGCAGACUACUGGUAUCUUGGUAUUUCCUGUCGUGCUGAAACUCCCACAUGCCCUGUUAAUACUGCACAGCUGUCAUUUCCUGCUAUAAUGCAACCAAAGGAAGGGAAAUGUAACAAGGAAAUUUCAUUAUUUGCGUAUGGUGUAGAAAUAGAUACCGCAUUUCUUAUAUUUGUACCGUAUAUACUCGAGUAUAAGUCGACCCGAAUAUUCGAGACCCCUACUUUUACCCAAAAAAAGCUGGGAAAACUUAUUGACUCGAGUAUAAGCCUAGGGUGGGAAAUGCAGCAACUACUGGUAAAUUUCUAAAUAAAAUUAGAUCCCCCAAAAAUUAUAUUAAUUAAAUAUUUAUUUAUUUACAUAGUGUGUGUGUGAAUGCAGUGUGUGUGUGUGUGAAUGCUGUGUGUGUGUGAAUGCAGUGUGUGUGUGUAUGUGAUGCAGAGCCUUGGUGGGGGGUGGGCAUUUUUAUUAUUUUUUUUUUAUUAUUAUUUUAAUAUUUUUUUUUUUGUUGUUCUAUUAUUAUUAUUUUUAUUUUAUUUUAUUAUUAUUUUAUUUUAAUAAUUUUUUUUUUAUUUUUUUUUGUCCCCCCUUCCUGCUUGUUAGCUGGCCGGGGAGAGGGGCUCUCAUUCCCUGGUGGUCCAGUGGAUGGGCUGUGUCAGCUCCCUUCUCUCUCCUCCGGUCCGGUCAGCUCCCCUGUCAGCUCCACUGCAAGUCUCGCGAGCUGACAGGGGAGCUGACCGGACCGAAGGAGAGAGAAGGGAGCUGAUAGGAGCUGCAGGAAAGGUAAGUUACAGCUCGCUGCCAGCCCCCACCAGGACUGCCGGGCUUGGAAUGAGCCCGGCGGUCCUGGUCUGUAUUAUGGCAAUGUAAGUUGCCAUAAUACAGACAUUGACUCGAGUAUAAGUUGAGUGGGGGUUUUUCAGCACAAAAAAUGUGCUGAAAAACUCAACUUAUACUCUAGUAUAUACGGUAUAUAUUGAAAUGUCAUAACAGAUUUAGCUUUUACAUUGCAUGGUUAAUAUAGUUUGGAUUCUUGAAUGUCUUGCUUAUAUGUACAGAUGUCAUUUAAAUCAGCAGAAUGCCAUGUUUGGUUAUAAUGAGUAAUUUUGCUAUAUUGCAGGUUGUAUUUAAUAUUCGUUAUACUUCUGUUUUACCUACAGACCGAUGAGCGAUCGUCUCUUACUGCAGUUUCACCUGCUUCUCAGACAAGUAAGCCUAACUGAUGAUCAGUGUCCUAUUGUAAAUAAAUAGUUAUACAUAAAUAAAUUUAAGCUUUAAAGGGACACUCCAGGCACCCAGACCACUUCUGCCCAUUGGAGUUGUCUGGGUGCCAACUCCCACUACUCUUAACCCUACAACUGUAAUUAUUGCAGUUUUCAUAAACUGCAAUAAUUACCUUGCAGGGUUAAGUCCUCCCCUAGUGGCUGUCUACUAGACAACCACUAGAGGGCACUUCUGGGAUCAUAGCACAGAUUAUGUGUGCUAUAGCGUCGCUGGCCAUCCUCACGCUGUGUGAGGACCUCCAGCGUCGCUAAAGUCCCGGCUGACUUAAUGAAGGGGAGGAGCGGCGGCGGAGGAAGAAGCAGUGACACGGGACAGGUUUUUUCACCCCUUCAGCAACCGGGGAUGGGAGGUGGGAGGGAGAGGGGACCUGCAGUGCUAGGAAAACAGAAUGUUUUCCUGGCACUGGAGAGUCCCUUUAAAGCAGCUUUAAAGCAAAACUGUCCUCCCCCACCCCUUUGAAAAAUGAGUAUAGUGUCAAUCCUGACAGCCAUCAUCCUUUUUUUUUUUUUCUCUCAAGGUUUUGCAGUUCAUAUUGCACAUCUGAUAAGAGGUAUAUGAAGUGUAAAGGGAAGAAAAAAAAAAAAAAUUAUUGUCAAAAAGAAAAACUUCUAAGCGACAAGUGUCAUUGUAGCAACAACCCUGUAAUUUAUCUAAGUCCUCCUUUAUAUUUUGCUGUUCUGGGAUGAAAUCUCUCCUAUUAGUAUUUGGGAAGAACUGCAAGAGUGUCAAAAUUGUGAAAAUAGCAAAACUAAGCCUCUUAAAGGGACUCUCCAGUGCCAGGAAAACAUAUUUGUUUUCCUGGCCUGCAGUGCCCCUCUCCCUCCCACUCCUCAUCCCAUGAACCCUUCAGUAACUUACCUGAAUCCAGCGCCGAUUUCCCUCAGCGCUGGGUCAGGCUCCACCCACGCUCCUCCCCUGCCAUCAGCCGGCGAGGAAGACCGAAUGCGAAUGCGUGGCAAUGGCUGCGCACGCACACACGCAUUAAACCUCCCCAUAGGAAAGCAUUAUUCAAUGCUUUCCUAUGGGGAUUCUGGCGACGCUUGAGGUCCUCAUGCAUAGUUCUAAGAACACGGAAGUCGCUCUAGUGGCUGUCUGACAGACAGCCACUAGAGGAGGACGUAACCCUGCAAGGUAAUUAUUGCAGUUUAUAAAAAUUGCAAUAAUUACACUUGGAGGGUUCAAGUGGUGGGAGUUGGCACCCAGACAACUCCAAUGGGCAGAAGUGUUCUGGGUGCCUGUGGUAUCCCUUGAAAGCAAAGACCUAAAUUAUAAAAAAAAAAUGUUUAAUUAUUGCGUGUCUGCCAAACACUAAGAAAAUGGACAGGGCUGCACAACUGCCUUUAAUAGACCCCGAUUUCAUGGUACUUUUACGGUUGCACAAUUGAGCAAAGUGUUGUCUGUGCCAUUCUCAUUGAGAUACCUAUGUAACAGGAUAGGGAAACCAUCAAUUCUACCAUGUAUUUUUUUUUUUUUUACACACUUCUUUAAUGGCAUAAUAAGCCAAGUUCCAUUUACUGAAUGAAACCACAAGUAUUUAAAUCUCAGAUGCUUUAUUACCUUUAUAUGGACUUUUCAAUGAAUUGUAACACAAAGUGAGAAAAACCCUUAGUGAAUUUCUGCCUUCAGGUGUGUAUGUUUAGGAUUAAAAAAAUUGAUUAUUUAAUACACAUUGCAUUUUUUUAUUCACAUAUGUAAACUUUGUGGCCUCAGGCAGGUAAAAUGGUUAAUUUCAAAGCAAUGUUUACAAGGAGGUAAUUUAGUUUAGGGAAGGAACAGUUUGCCGUCAGUAAUUGUUAUAGUUACCUUUCAAAGUAGCUGGAACUAUCAAUUUAAUGAGCAAAGUGCAAAGGGUUUACAUGUGUUUCAUCUACUGACUGGCUCUGUUUUCUUUUCUACUUCAAAGUAGCAGUCCCUAGUUCGUUUGAGGUGGGUUAUUGUACACAAAAUGUACUAAGACUUUGCACAACAGUGAAGAUAGGUUAGUAAUAAGAGAACCAAAUUACAUCAUCACCAUACAAUUAAGGCAGCAUUGCCUUGCUCUGGAGGGCAGACAGUGAAUAAUGACAACCCUUUCUUUAGACUAUAUUCAGCGUUAGUAACAUAGUAAUGAUAACCUUAACUUAUUAAAUGGUACAGAAUGUACUCUUUCCCUACAGUGUCCUAUGGUUGUUAGGGGCUUUAUAUGUUGUUUACAAGAAUGAAUUAAUUUGUUUUCUCAACAUGUCAUUACUCUUCAGCUUCUUCCUCUGCUUACCGAUACUCCCCACAACGGCCCGAGAGUUUUUUGUUUAGAGCUGCGGUGCGAGAAGAAGUUAAGAGAGGCAAGUAGCAGCUGCCUGGUCUAACAGCUUUGAAACAUCAUAUAUAUUUCAGAAUUUUUUUCAAAUAGUGUAUAAAAUUACCAAUCCACACAUGGUGUCCAUACAAUAGACUGAAUUAUAUUCUCCCGUGUUUGUUUAAAGAUUUCUCAUCAACAUUACAUUCCUUCCAGUGGUUGUUUAAAUAACAAUGGCAGAUGAAAAUUCUAUAGAAAAACCAAUACAAGUAGUAGUGUGUAAAUGAAUAUUAUGUGAGGCCAGUGCUAUGUAUCACAAAUUACAGAAAGGGCAUAUCCAUAUAGUAGUAAGCAAGGGUUGCACCCCUUGUUUGGAUGGUGUUGUUUCUCAAACAUCACUGUUGUACCUUCAUGCUUAAUUCCAAAAUGCAGAAUGGAUUCCUGUAUUCCUGUGGAGUCUUGUGUGCUCACUUUUAGCUGGUCAUUUGGAGGAUUGUCUUAUUCUGUUUGCUUUUGUAAUGGACAUUUAACCUUUAGCCUUGUCUUUGCUUUACUAUGCAAUAGUGUUGUGCUUUCCACCUGUUUUUAAUCCAAGUAAUAGCCUAUUGAAAAUGUUGCUUCUGUUUAGGUAACACCCCACCACCCAAUGCUUCUCCCAGUGAGUCUGCAACUUCAAGAACAACACACAGUCCUAAAUUAAGACAAGAAGAAGUGGAAGUGACGGAAAUGCUAAGGAAGGUAAGUAUUUGAACUCUAAACACACUAUGGUAUAAUGCAGAGCACAGCUAGAGCAUUAACUGCUUUGCUUAUUGCAGUGUUUUUGAUUUAGACUUUUUUCUGCUCUGUUGGAGCCUGCAGUUGUCUCAUUUGUGUUAGUAAAGUUCAGUUAAUGGGCAGGCAAUAAGAACUUUUAAUUUAUUUUUUUCUCAUGGAUACGGUGUAAGUCACAGACAGGUAGGGGUGGCAAAAGUUGCGUAAACAAAGCGAUUUAACUUCUACAGUUAGGUCUGGAAAUAUUUGGACACUGACACAAGUUUUGUUAUUUUGGCUGUUUUCCAAAAUAAAUUCAAGUUACAGUUAAAUAAUGAAUAUGAGCUUAAAGUGCAGUCUCUCAGCUUUAAUUUGAGGGUAUUCAAAUCCAAAUUAGGUUUAGGCAUUUGAUAUGUAGCCCCCUCUUUUUCAAAGGACCAAAGUAAUUGGACAAUUGACUCAAAAUCUAUUUCAUGAACUGGUGACUAUUCCUUUGUUAUUUCUUCAUCCAUUAAGCAGGUAAAAGAUCUGGAGUUGAUUCUAGGUGUGGCAUUUGCAUUUGGAAGCUGUUGCUGUGAACCCUCAACAUGUGUUCAAAGGAGCUCCCAAUGCAAGUGAAACAGGCCAUCCUUAGGUUGGCAAAAAAAAAAGAGAUAGCAGGAGUGGCCAAAUCAACACUUAUUACAUUCUGAGAAUUAAAAACCACACUAGUGAGCUCUGCAAGACAAAAAAGGUCUGAAGGUCCAUGGAAAACAGUGAAAUAGUGAAAGACCCCUUCACAACAUUUAACCAAGUGACCAUCACUCUUCAAGAGGUAGGCAUAUUCAUUUCUACCAUAAAGAGAAGACUUCAGAAGAGGAAAUUCAGAUGGUUCACCACAAGGAGCAAACCUUUCAUAAGUCCCAAGAAUAGAAAGGCCACAUUAGACUUUGCCAAAAAACAUUAAAAAAAUAAAUUUAAAAAAGACAGCUUGGUUCUGGAACAGCAUUCUUUGGACAGAUUAAACUACGAUUGUCCUGUGCCAGAAUGAUGGGAAGAAAAAAGUUUGGAGAAGGCUUGGAAUAGCUCAUGAUCUGAAGCAUACCACAUCGUUUGUAAAAUACGGUGGAGGCAAUGUGAUGGCAUGGGCAUGCAUUGCUUCCAAUGGUAUUGGGUCAUUAGAGUUUAUUGAUGAUGUGACAGAAGCAGCUGAAUGAAUUCUGAAGUGUAUAGGGAUAUAUUGCCUGCUCAGAUUGUCAAAUUCAGUGAAGUUUAUUGGACGGCUCUUCACUUUACAGAUGGACAAUGACCCACAACAUACUGCAAAAGUAACCCAGGAGAUUUUUUUUUAAGGCAAAGAAGGUGGAAUAUUCUGCAAUGGCCGGGUCAGUAAUGCGAUCUCAAUCCGAUCGAGCUUGUAUUUCACUGGCUGAAGACAAAUCUUUAGGCAGAAAGACCGAUGAAUAAACAAGAUGCAGUAAAGGCCUGUCAAAGCACCACAAAGGAGCGUUUGGUGAUUUCCAUGCGUUUUAUUUAUGAUUGUGUUAAUUUGUCCAAUUACACUUGAGCCCCUGAUAAAGGAACUGUGUAUGAAAAUGGAUGCAAUUCCUAAAUGUUUCAAACAAUAUAUUUGUUCAACCUCUUAAAUUAAAACUGAAAGUCUGUACUUAUAAUGUAUCUCGGUUGUUUAAUUUUAAAUACAUUGUGGUGGCGUAUAGAGCCAAAAUUAUGAAAAUUGUGUUAGUGUCCAAAUAUUUCCGAACCUAAUUGUAUCUGUACACUAUAAUUGCAUCAUAAAGCUAAAUGUGUCCUGGUGCUUGCUCUUCUUAGAGUAUCUCUUUACGUAUAAUGCCUAUUCCAGGGUUUACACGGCUUCUGAGUUAGUGAUACUUUUAAUUUUUAAUUUUAGCGUUGAUGUUCUUUGCAUACUAUGAUUUGUGGAUUGACUAGUUUAGCAUUAGUCGCAAUAUGUGUUCAUAAUUUCUCCAUUGUGGGAUGGUGCUUUGCCUUAGAAAGCCUCCUUAUUACACAAAUGGCUAUUAUGGAGGCUAUCACUUCAUGGAGUGAUACUAGUACCCAACCUUACUUUUUAGUCCUAGAGGUGGGACCUGUAAAAGAUUUAGCUUAUCUCAGUUUGUGUGAGUAGAUUUGGCUCCUUCUCAGUCUUUUAACUCAAAAUCAGUGUUUGCCUUUUUGGGAUCAGUUUUGAUCAAGUAUUUUUCAAACAUUAGGCCAUAGAGGUUCUCAUUGCUGAACUGUGAUUAGGAUUUUGUUUGGGAGAGUAUUUUUGUAGUUAUAUCUGCAAUAAGAAUGCUUCUCAUCUUGAAUUUGAUUACUGCUUUGUUUGGCUAAUGCUAAUUAUGCUAAUUAUUAUUUGUAUACAGAUGAUCGGUAAUGUGCAUAGCUUACCUUAUUGCAGAUGCCUAUGGAUUUAUUUGUAAGACAAGAUAUUUUAUAUUCUUUAGAACAUUGAGUCACGGUUAAAAGUUUCCCUCCCCGACGACUUGGGAGCUGCCCUGACAGAUGGUGUGGUCCUGUGCCAUUUAGCCAAUCACGUACGGCCUAGAUCAGUACCAAGUAUCCAUGUUCCUUCGCCAGCUGUUGUAAGUAUAGCAGUAGUUUUUUUUUUUUAAAAGAGGCAAGAGUGUGCACGGUUCCUCCUAAAUAAUAAUUUCUCUCUUUAAUAGCCAAAGCUCACUAUGGCAAAAUGCAGACGAAAUGUGGAAAACUUCCUUGAAGCUUGCAGAAAAAUAGGUGUUCCUCAGGUAUGGAUAGCACCUGUUCAUCUGCCCACGAUUUGCAGUACUACUGUAACUUGUGUUCCAUGUUUGCUAGAAAUUUGGAUUUUCUCUUUCAGUGGUUUGAGGUUCUAGUAAAAAUACGUGUUAGUGCUUGAAAACAAGUUACAUUUCCUUAAUUUUUUUAAAUGUACCUUGCUUCCUUCCUCACAAGGUAUUUUCAUAAGUGUUUUGAGUAUUUCACCCACCUAAUUUGUCUUCCUGGUCAUAUUUGUAAAUCCUUGACAAAUUUCCCUUUUUGUAUCCCAGUAGGAUAGAACAAACGGGAUGAAAUUCCAAAUACUUUCCCACUUAAGCUUAACUUCUUUGGGUAUAGUAAAGUAGUAAAAAUAAAUGCUAGGUAGGGAGGUUGGGUGGACAUAAAAAUAAUAAAAAAAAAAAUAACAAUGUGGGAGUAUGGGAAAAAUGUAAGUCAAAUCAUUGAGUGUGUGUGUCUGUCAGAGUGUGUCAAAUCAGUGUGUAUGUGUCAGUAAAUGUAUGUGUCUGUCAGUCAGUUGGUCUGUUUAGAUGACCAGCCUCCCUAUGAUUGCAUGGGAAAGGUGUUUUUACCCUUUUUUCCUUUUUUUUCACACUGUGUUCGUCUUGCUGCAGCUGGCCCUGCCUCCAUGACUGAGAUAACCAGUCGUGAUCAUCUCAAAAUCGUAAACACUCACAGGAAAUCACUGGGAGGCUAUUGUGCAGGUGCAGCAAAAUGCCACUCUGUGCCAUUCGGCAUCUACUCUUAGGGAUGCAUCGAAUAAGUGCAUCUCUAAGGGAAUUCUUCACUGCUUUCAUGCAGAGUGUGAAGACACUGAAUGUAGCUGCAGCACUGGACUAGAAAGCACCUCUAGUGGCCGUCUUAGUGACUGCCACUAGAAGUGCUACUAGACAGUAAUAUAAACACUACCUUUUCUCUCAAAAGGCGGUAUUUACAUUGAAAAGCCUGCAUGUACAAUCUAUAGACACCAGAUCCACUAUAUUAAACUGUAGUGGUUCUAGUGACACUAGUGUCCCUAUACACGUUUAAAGCUUUGUUAGUUUAAAAAAAAAAAAAAAAUCUGACUUCUAGAUUCAAAGUAAAUUUGUCUAGCUGUGUACUACAUAAUUUCAAUUGGAAGAGAAAAUAUAUAUAUUUUUUUGUAAUUGAGGAAGAUUAAACAGGAGUGGUCUCAACAUUCUGGCAGUUUUUAAUUAUCCACCCAAGGAAUCAUUAUGGUUUGAUAGAGGGCUAAAAUGCAGCAUAGGUGAGUAAACAACUGUGUACCUGGAAUACAUAAACCAAUUAAUGGCUGCACCUAUGAUUACUCUACAUGGAAUCCAUGGAGUUUGCAUAAUACGCAUCUUUCUUUUGCAGAAACUGUGAAACUAUGAAGCAAAAGUUAAAAUAACCUUUAGUGUAAUUUUAGUAAAAUUGUUUUGUCUAUUUUACUUUUUGUCUCUGUAAUUUCUAUCUUGGUUAACUCUGUCACAAUCUUUUCUGUCCUUCUACUUUCCUGGGUGUUCUUGGGAAUAGUAAACAGUUUGCAAGAAACACACUGAACAUUUGUAGAAAAGUGCUGGGGAUUUUGGCUUUUAUAUCAGGACAUUAAUCACCAUUAUGAAUAUUUGACCAUAGAGUAAUAAUGAAUUAGUAGUCAACAUAAUAGUUAUGACAUAGGAUUGAAAGGAGUAAUACAGUGUUAACAGAUAACUUUAUGUAACAAGUUAAACUGGAAAAUGCUUUGUCAUGCUGAUUUCUAAUAUGGGGUAAGAACAUUUGCUGUCUGUGGCCUAUUCUCCUGGCUUGUCUACCCUAUUUGUGGUUCUAAAAUCUGCAGUGAUGUGACUCUAACUGCAUGUUGGUGUUUGCAUGACUGACUCUGCGUUUCUGUUUUUCCUUCCCUGCUCACCCCUUCUGGACAGGACAAAGUUUGUCUUCCUUCAGAUAUCCUCCAGCUAAACUUCUGCAGCGUUAUGGGGACUCUGGAAAGUCUUCUCUCUUUUGGAGAAGGCUCACAAGCACCUGCUCUUCCCUCCCACCUCCUGGGUUUUGGGGUGUUUUACUGCACCCUUAUGCUUCUUCUCUUCCUGCUCUAUCGCUGGGUUUUUACCUUCUGGACAAAGGCUUGAAGAGGCGGGGGGUACGCUUUCUACUAACUUAUGAGAUGGGUUUUAUUAAAAUCCUAACCGUUUCUAUUCUUCCACAAAAAUCUUGCUCAUAAAGCACAAUUUCAGUGUUGAGUUGCUACUGUAAGAGAUGGUCACAAGUAUUGUUAAUAAAACCUUCAUUAAGGGACAAAGAAGAAGCCAUAAUCUGAGGCUUCAGAGAGUAUUUUUUGCAAACAUCUAGGAAAUGAAGGUCAGCCUCAGGUACCACAAAAUGAUUGUUAAAGAAUACACUGGAAAAAAAAGAGACCACCUAUAUUGCUUACAUGCUUUGACUGUUAAUGAGGGGUAGAACUGUAUUUUCUACCCUCCAUGCUACUAGGUGUCCAGUUAUUUGCACAAAUACCUUAUUAUAUGCUGUAUUUACUGAACAUUAACAAUGGAAGCCUUAAACCUUCCACAUCAGUUUAUUCCAAAGAAUAAUACAAGUAUCCCCACUAAGGUUUUGCCAGUAAAAUGAAGCUCCACUUGUACUGCUCAAAUAUUUUGAGGAAAUCCAUGUAGCAUGUCUUCACCUAUUAACAGCUGCCUAUAAUAUUUACGAGCUGUUAUACCUAUGCAAAGGAAUGUCCCUAGAUAACUAGAUUUGGUGCUUCAGACAUCCAAAUUGGAUUUAUUUCUACCAAAGUUUUAUACAGUUUCUUUCUGAUUCUCUACCACAGCAGGUAAGACAUUGAGAGUAUCUGUGAAUCAACAUGCACCAGAUAUUUCAGGAAAGAAACUGUGCUAUCUGAGCUGAUGUGUACUGAGGUGUUCUUCUAAAUCGUCUUCUGCAUCACUACUUGGAAUAGUGACUUAACUGUGAUAAUCCAGUGCCUUCUUUGCUGGGGUUGUUAAUGCUCUGCACUACAACCAAAAUUGUCCUUAAAUGUUAGACUGAUUUAACGAAAGGUUGUGUGAUAUUAUAAAGGAGGAUAGAAAAUGUAAACCCAUCUUAAAGCUUUUCUUCCCCCUCUGGAUACUACUUGAAACACAUCACAGUGGCAUAGAGUGUUAAAGCAUUGGAAAGCAUAACAAUUCUUUAUUUCUUCUUUUAAAUGUAUAUUUGUGUGUAUGUGUUUCUAACUUUUCAGUGAUGUACAUUUCCAAGGGAGCUAACCAGAGGAAGACUGUAUUCAGUAUAUUUUUCAUGCAGUUAACCUUGUGUGUUUAUGUGAGACUGUAGCUAGUUGUAUGUUUGCGUGGCUAAUAAGGUAUGAUGGGGAUAAGCUUCUUGAACCACAAUUUACUGCACAGUUUAAGCGACUGUAACCUUAUUUUAACAUCAAGUCGUUAUAAGUUUUGAAUGCCCUACUAUUAUAACGUUUCUUCAAAACUCACAUAAAUUCUAGAGCGACACUCCAAUCACCAGAACCUAUCCUCCUUAGAUAAUGGUGCACUGUCUAAUUGCACACUGCUGCUUAUUACAGAACAGAUUUGCAAAAUUCACUUCACCCAUGAGCCUGCUGCAGUAUUUGUAUGGUGUGUAUACACUGUUCCAGAGUAGAUCUUUAUAGUCCCUACCUCCCUUUACAGGUUCUCUGAGUGAGGCAACACAAUGAUAGUGCCAGCAGCUAACAAUUUAGGUAUCUAUCCAUUGUAUCAUCAUAUAUAUCAUUCAAACCCCUGCUGGUUUGGAAUUUAUUGGAAAAUUUGAGACUCUAUUGAGAAAAAUGAGACCCUCUGGGCAGAGUCUAAUACAAAACUUCAAUGGUGAGGUUUGUGGGUGUUGUUUUAUCAUUAUUGGUAAUGCCUUGUUUUUAUAAUGCAUUAAAAAAUAGGUAUCACUGCCAUUUUGGUGUGUCACUUUAAAGAAUGAUGAGUGGAACUCUGAUGGUUGAUAAGUAUUUAUCCCUUAAACUGCUGCUGGACAGAGGUUUAUGUAAUAAGGUCAGGCCCAUAGAUAGACCAGCAUUAAAGGCUUCUUAUAUGUGGCGCAUCAUCCUGCCGAGGAUAAUGUCUGUGAAGUAGUUGAUUAUCUUAGCUGUAUGGUGUCUUGGUGUGGUGAUCUUGAAAAGUAUUUUAUUUCAAGUUUAUUUUCAUGCAUUAUGAAAAGGUUACAAGUUUAACCCUUUGUUUCUCUUUAAUGUAAACAUUUUGUUUGGUGACUAGUCUUUACCCGUAACCCAUAUCAGAAGACAAUUCUCAAUUAAGUCAGUUAAAUUUCAUUCAGCAAAAUUCCACAAAUUAAAAAUUCUAAGGUGUCUUGACACUUAUAUUUUUACAUUUUGACAAGGGCUUAUUAUGUUUCAUGCUUUUAUGAGGCAUAAGAAAUGGGUUUGACGGUCUUCUUUCUUCUCCUGUCUUUGUAAAAUAUGUAAAUAUCCCUGUCUGUGUUCUUCCUUGUUUUCUCUCUUGAAAUUGACAGCAGUGAGAGGAAGAGGAAACUAGUGCAUGUGUUAUCUCAGUUUUACAAAAUAAAGUGAUCAGUACAAUGCCACCUUUAUGCCAGUGGAUGUGUUCUUUCCAUUAUGCAAAUUGAAAGUCAAAAAUUGGUAAAUAGGUGUUUUGCUAACUUUGUUUACAUUGCCUUACCUAUUCCAUUAGUCAUACUGAAUUUCUCAUUCCAGUUGUAGCAAUGAUUUUUUGAUAAUUUCUUGUUAUGGAUAAAAUUAAAAUGUAUUGGAUUAACCAUAAGUCAGAGCAUUGACAUGUACUGUUCCCUCCGUCUUUUUAUGCCAACUGCACUUUGUUUUUUUGCUGAACUUUUGUAAAUAAAUUUUGCUACAGACUUCAAAGGAUGCUUAUCUUCUCUGUGUGUCUUAUUCUUUCUCCUUGGCUGAGAUUGAUGUGGCUUUCACUCAUACUCUUGGUGUCUGUCUGCUGUAACCCUUUCCUGCUUUUCACCACACAUGGUCAUCUGGGUGUUUUUAUGCCUAAUGAAAUCUGUCACUGACUCAAAUUUAUAUCUUUCCUUACAAGUUUGAUUAUUUAUUAUUAUUGUUUUGCAGUGCAAAGGAGUUUUGUGAUUUUAUUUAUUUUUUUCGUUUUGUUUUUUCACUUAUGCUUUAUUUUAUUUGCUAUAUUGUGUUUCAAUGUAUUAUUGCAUUUAUUUAAUGUUAUCAUUAUUUUCAUUUAGUUUUUUUUGUUUUUUUAUUUUGUUUGUCUUUUGUUGUCCCUGUUUCCACUGCUUUCCUGUAUAGGACCGUCUAUGUCUGCCUCCCCAUAUUCUUGAAGAAACUGGUUUGGUGGAAGUAGCAGGAACCGUGCAGGCCCUGCUGGAUUUAGCACCUCCAAAACAUCUGUCCCCCACCACAGUUUGAUUCCACAACCUCAUCUAGGAUCUGGAACUGAUGCACUCUCAUGUUUCCCAUCACUGUUGUGCAGGAUCAACAUUGCAUCAUUAAAAUCAUGACACACAACACCCUAAAGCUUCAAUCAGUCCACAACAGUUUUUUCGUUAAAUUUUAUGAAUUUUUUAUUUUUUUUUAAAUAAGCACCCAGACACUGCCCUGUUACCACACCCAACAUCUGAAGCACUUUGUUUUUGUUGUUCGUUUUCUUUGUCAUAAGAAAUCCCACUCUAUGCCCUGCAACAUUCUUGUGUACUUGUGGUUGGCUCAACCAAGAGGAUGGGCUAAUAGACAAAUAGAGGAGGUACAAUGAGAAGCUCUUUUGUCUGCAAUACUGAAGGCUGGUUUUAUUCACCUGAAUAGAAUUUUGAAACAUUUGUUUAAUGUUUUUUUCUCUCACCAAACUUGGAGAGUACCCAGAUGAUUUUUAUCUGCUUGAGAAGAACCUGCAUUGUCAGUGACAUUGUGCAUAUCUCUGUGUUCUAGUAUGCCAACUCUGGACAACUUUAAUACAUAACCAGCGAAGAACCAGUAUUGAUAACACAAGACUAGACUGUUGCAGAAAAAAAAUAUUUACAAAUGCAAACAUCAAUCCUGUUAUUGCUGUGUGCCUAACAUCAAUAGACUUCUGCAAAACAGUCUGCAAGUGGUGGACAGGACUAGUAUGGGAAGAUUGACUAUGCAUUUUCAUGUUUGUGGAAACUGGGGCAGAUUACUGACAUUGUUACAUGUGUACACAUUACAUCCAUUUCCUUUUGUGGAUGUUUUGGCCAGAGAUGACACUUUGGGUAUGCUAGCUCUGAGUCCUUAAUCAAGUUUCUGUGAUACAUCAGGGACCGAGGUUUUUUUUUUUUUGGUUUUUUUUUAAUUUAUGAUUUUAUUUAUUUUGUUCUUUUAAAGUUUUAGGACAUCCCAGUUCUGGGAAACACAAGCACGGCAGGAGACAGAAACAAGUUUAUAAUUGGAGCUAGAGAAUAUAUGUAUAAAGAAAUCUUUGCUUCAGACAUCCUGCAUAUGUAUAUAUUUUGAUUGGUAAUGCAUACUUACAAAGAUUGAAGUAGAAGAAAAAAAAAAGGGGGGGGGAGGGAGUGGGGGGAUGAGUCCUGGAUCACAAAACUAUUUGUACAGUGCAGUGUUGCAACCCCUACAAACUGACAGGAUUCCAUUUCGUUUUAAAUGAAAAUAUGAGAAAAAAAUAUAUAAUACUAGGUAGAUUGUAACUUUCUUGUGAAUUUCUCAAAUAUUUGGUCUUUGUAAAUGCACGUGUUAAAUAUCUUUCUGUACAAAGCCAUCAACAUCACAUUUCUGAUGUCCCUUAUGCUUCUUUAAAUAUCUCUUUUGCAAUGUUGCCUAAAAACAGCAAAAUUAGAAAUUUAGUAACUUCCUAAUAUGCACGUUAUAAUACAAAUGACUAAGGGCUAUUGUACGAAUUAAAUUCAUGCAUGUCAACUUGUGUGAGAAGGCAUAGCUCAGUGAAUAUAAAGAAGAAUUAAGUUCCAUUCUACUGACUUGUCAUAUUCUCCAAUGAAUAUCAUUUUUGUUAAAUUGCCUUCAGACACAUAUUAAUCACAAGAAUUGCCAUUUGAACACAAUUUAGUCUAGCAUACUGCAUAAAUUCCUCAAGCAUUUGAGGUAUACCUGUAAUUGUAAGUCAACCAAAUGAGUCUUGAAACCCAUAUUUCUCGUUUUUAUUAAGUUAUUACAUUUCUUAAGUAUAUUUUUGCAAUGAUAUGUUACAAACUUAAUGUCCAUGUGUCAUUCUUGUGAGUAAAAUAUGAAUGAAGUGUGAGCUUGUGUGUUUACACACUUACACACACACACACACACACACACUCCUAGUUGUGAUUCAAACUGCAUUAUCUGAAUUUAUAUUCUAGGUUUUGUGUCUUUUUCUAUUUGCGUGAAUUAAAUAUUAUUACAUUGGCCCUGGCCAUUGGCUUACUUUACAAAGGCAGAUGUGAGGAAGCUUCUUAGAAGUUGCAGCCAGUAAUAUCCAAGAUCUGACAUUAAGAGCAUAUGAUCUUAAUCAGGGCCAUCUAACAUUUGUCUCUUCAGUUGUAUGUUUCCUGCAAUGCUGUCUGCCAGUGAUUGGCAAAUAUUUGUAGGACAAGGCUAACAGUCACUGGAGCAGAAAAUGUUGCUAAAGCCUGGACUGGAAUUGGUUCUACCUGCAAACUUUCAAAGCCUGUGGAGAGUGUAAGGCCAAUCCAGUUUCUCCCCAAUACACACAAGAGAAUUUAUUAACAGUAGUAUAUAUUGUCAUGGUGUAUAUGCGGUUAAUUUUCUGAAACUCUACUUCAUUUACAGUUUCACGUUAACAUUUUGUAAGUAAAAUGCAUAAAAUUUCCUACAGAAUUCACAGUUCUAGUGUAGUCUAGAAAAUGUUACUUUGUUACAAAAGGGCUUUAUGCACACAAUUCUGAAAUGCAGUGAGUUGAAAUCCAAAUGAUAACAUUUAGGCUAAAAUAACUGAACUGUGACUGUAGCUUGGAGUUGGAGAGGUUUUUAAAUCGGUUAAUUUUACUAAAUGUUGAUUGAAUUUUGGCUCACAAAAUAUACUCCUAAGCGUUAUCAUUUUCUGUUUUUUCUGACCAUCUAACUUUUGUUGACUAGGUCUUUUAUUGAUUUAUAGAUUUGUAGAAUAUAGUUACAUUUUUAAUGUGUUUGUUGAAGUCAUCACUAACCGUGAAAGGUUCAUUGGGGUUAUUACAUUAAGUGCCCUGACAUUUAUGUAAACAUGAUGGUUAAAUAGUUCAUUAUUGUUAUUAAUUUAUGCCAGCAGUUCCAGAGUUCUACUUGACAUUUUGGUCACAUCAUGCUUUGUGUACAAUGAAUUACAAUUUAAGGGGAGACCAAAGACACAAUGUUCAGAUCUGUAGAACUUUGAUGUUUGAUGCUUUCAUGUUUUUCCUAAAAUGUCAUCCUUUAGGAAACUCCUGAAGAUGUAUCUAUCAUGUAUGGAGAUCUCCCCAUUGCUGGAUACCUUAGAUUUCUGUGUCCACUCUGACUUUUUAGUUUUGUAUCAUUAAAGCAAUAUGUAUAUAAAUACAAAUAAACACACAUAGGUGUAAGUAGAGGAUAUUCAUUAGUGGAAUGUGUAUUAUGGAAAUUGAAUGCCAUUUGGCUCUGGACACCUCAUAACACACAAUACCAAAGUGUUAAAUGUUUCAGAUUACAUUAUUAUUAAAAAGUUUUUUAUUAUUUUUUAUUUUUUUAUUAAGGUCUUAAUGACUUUCCAGGACUGUCAGGAUUUCAUAUAACUUGUCUAAUUUAAUUUUCUCAGGGGUCUAAUCAUAGGACAACACUGGGACAUACAAGUUUGUUGUGUCUGAGAUUAGUCAUUUACCCUCCCUUUUGUGAUAUUCUGGGAUUUCAGGUAGCACUGAACUUGUGUAUCUCAGUAUCAGUCUCUGUGCAUUAUGACUUUAUUGAACUUUAUUAUUUCACCCAUUGUAUUUUGCAGGAUUUGUAAACAUGGCUCAUGGUGAGAACAAGCAGACAUUUAAAAACAAAAUACAUGUAGAUUUUUGUUUUUAAUAUCUAAUCUGAAUAACUGAAAAUGCAAUACACUAGUAAUACAUUAAACGUGUAAAGAUUAUAUAAAAACAAAAGGGGAAUCGUAUCUGAUGUUGCACCAUUUUCAGAAAAUCCAAUGUACAAUAAAAACCAUGUGCAAUGUUUGGCAGGAGGUGUUAUAAUUAUGGCUUAUAAGACAGUCCAUGGGAUUCUCUCUUGUCCAUUUAUACUUAAACGUUAAAGGGGAACCAUCACAAUCGAAUACAAUUAUUUGCGUUAACCUAUUUUACGUGAUGCUACAUUUUUCUGUAGAAUUGUUGCUUCUGUUUUCUAUGUCCACAUACUAUGCACAGUGAUAGAAAAUGGCAAAGUUUAAGACAAUGAUUGACAGGAUGCCAAAUUAAUGUUAAAUAAGUAUAAGAAAGUUAAAAAUCCUAGUUUUUGACGGUUCCCUUUACUAUGCAUCUUAAAACAUUUAUAUGCACUAGUUUAAAAAAAGCAGUACAAACCACUUACAUUGCAGCAAGAUUAUUAAGAAAGGGAAGGAUUGUUGGCUGACUAGGUGAUUAGCUGUAUUCUUCAGAUUGCUCUUACAUAUGAAUUUGCAAAACACUGUCCCAAUAGCGGUUAAUAGCAUUUUAUAUGUUGUUUUUAGACGGUUGUCUUAAUUGGAGUAAUUUUAUACAAAGUCAUACAUCAAAUCUCAUUUUCUGUAGACAGAUUGGUUUGCUACAGACUGCCUUAUGGAGCUUUUACAACUGUGUGGUGUAUUACAAUGAUUUCAAAACCAAAUUGCAAAAUAUAGAUUAAAAGCUUUUAACAGAAUCAGAGGUAUUUCCCCCCCCCUCUAUAUUUCUAUAUAAACUCUGCAAUUGUGUUUUCUGUUCCAAACUCACUGUUUAAUGAAUGGAACUACCUUGUAUAGUAUAUGUGAACCAAGGUUAUCUUCCCAGAUCUGCGGCUUUAGUACGCUGCAGUGAAAGAGCUUGUUUAAAAUAUAUCUCCUUAUUGCUAUCUGCAUCUAUAUAAAACAGUUUACUAUAAAUGUUAACAGUGUAACUGCACUGAGUUAAUGCAAACAUUGCUAUGUUCAAAAUGUACAAAUUAAAUAUCUGAUUUUACUGUAAAAAUAGACUGUUGAAGAAAUAUUGAUGUAAUAUAUUUGUUGGAGUUUUAAAUUGUAAAUUGUCUAUUAAAACAAACAUGUUUAUUCUUCCACCCUGAAUUGAAAUCACUGCAGAGAAUGUUUUUUUGGGGGAGGCUAAAUUUAAAGUGGCUCAGUCACCUUCUGGGGUCUUUGCAUAUUUUGACAUCGUCACUUGUGUUGCCGUGGCCAGAGGUGAUUUAUACAUACCUGAUGCUGUCCCCCACGGACGCUGCACUCUCUAUAUCUUCAGCUUCUGGUGCUUCAUUCACCACAAGUCCAUGUCAGUGCUUUACUCUCAAACAUGCGCGAGAGUACAACACUGAUGUCUAUUGAGGAUCCCACAAGACCACUGAAGCCUCUAUAGAUAUUUCAUAGCAGCUGUGGGAAGUGUCAAAACUUAGCAAUUUAAGUAUUGUCAAGUUAGGCAUUUGCCAUAGGAUAACGUAAGUCUUAUGACAUCUUUUGACUGCAUUGGAAUCUCAGUUGAAAUUCUAAGACAUUCUAUUAUUAGCAUUUUAUAAACUUUUUAUUUUUUUGUGUGUGUGCAACAGAACAGAGACUCUUUGAAAAGUGCCUUUUUUAAUACUGAAAAAAAAUAGUGUAAGUGCAGUUUCUAGGAAGGUUUGCUGCUGCUGUUCUCGCAUUAAUUCCCUUAUGUAGUCGUGCUUGCUGAUCUGCUUUAGAGUUAAACUGCCUGACACUGAAGGCUUAUUUAAUAAAGGUGCGGAUUUCAGGAGAGAAUCAAUACUUUUAGAAAACAUCUGUCACAUCUUCCCAACUGCCAAUAAGGCAUCUGUGAAGGGUGUCCUUUGAAUUAUAGCUCAAAGUUUAAGUGAAGGGCUUUGCCGAUCUUGGCACUUGUCAUUCAUACUUAAUAAAUGAUAAUAUAGUUCACAGAUAAGUGAAUGACUGUGUAGAUUGCCUGUGUCCAUGCAGGCUUUUUCUUCAAGGCUUCUCAUGAGUUUCUUUCGUGUAUUUUAUAGGUUUGGGUCUAAUAUGUUGCCAUUUUUGUGUGGGGUUGGAAGUGAAUUGAAGAAUGCUGGACCAUUUGACUACCUCUGUAGCCACGCCUGCAUAUUCUUAGAAAACUUCCUUAUUUGUGUAUGUACACACUCAGCCAUUUGACAGCACUAAUUGAGUUGAAGACGCCUGUUUAUGGUGCAACAUUGUAGAAAUACCCCUCCCUCCCCCUCCCACUCCCCUUAAAACUCUUUGAUCAUGCACUUAAUUUUCUUGAUCUGCUUACAUACUACUUUUCAAGUAAUAGGUCCACCUUAAGGGAACAAGUGGUGUUCGUCUGCCUAAAAAAACAUGUGUCCAAAACUAGACUUUGACUACAUUUGGUUUUCCUAAAAUUUUAUAUAGCCAUGUCUGUAUGUCAUAGCUUCUAGCAUCAGUUUCACGAGUAUCCGGAAGCCAUUGGGCAAGGGGGAAAAAGGGUGGGUUAGUGAUGCAAAUCUCGUCACUGGCACUGACCAGAAUGGGGGUAGAUCUGCCUAAAUUACUGGCAAAUCAACCAUGUGUAUAUUCACCAAUCAAACAAGCUGUCUCACUGAGAAUUGUCUAUGCAAGGAGUGUUGUUUGUUCUCUCUACAUGGUCCUUGUGCCGACAGUGUAACAUGAACGUAUCUAAUGAUGCAUUCUUGCUAUGCUUUUUGGGGAUAGUUCCCUAAACCCCAGACAGGACCCUAAAAUUUGGAUUGUCCCAAUAUCGGGACAGUUGAAAGGUAUGGUGUGUAUACAAUGCACAUGAGUUUAUAAUAGUACUAUUUGUUGUAUUUCUGUACAUAUAAGGAUGUUUGUGACAAGCCUUUUAGAGAAAUAUAUAUUUUUAAAGAAAGUGUAAUGCUAAGUUAUAACUGGGUAUAACUUCCUUUUCAUGGUUCAAAAAUGCAGUCCAGCUUCUUGUAAACAGAAGCCUGCAGUAUCCACGUUAAUAAACAGAAAUUGGGUCAGCAAGAUGUGACAUAAAGAAUGACUUUUAUGUAAUCCGAAAUUAAAUUCUUCCUUCAAUUUGUUCUAUAAAAUUGUAAAGACAACAUUUUCUGGGAACAGAGUGCCUUCUGUUUAUAUAUCACCCUUUGACAUAAAAAAUAUAAAAUAAGUUGCUCAAGACACAAACUGACUGGGGCGGGGCCGGACCGCCAAGCAGAGCAGACUCAUGGCACUAUAGCUCCUGCUAUUCUCAGGCAAUUUGGUCCCAAAAACGCAACUUCUGGAGCCGAGUCACGACAGGAAACUGCACUGAGAAGUGCCAGUCGUGGAGAACAAUCAGCGACCUGAAUCUGGGCCCCUUUUGGGGGGAACACGGAACCCUAAGACCAAGGCCUAGUCAAGCCUAUCCAGGUGGUGGGUAGGGUGGACGGCCGCCGCCCUGCUAUCCUGCCUGGCUGCAACAUGGGGGUCCCCUAACUCAGUGGGGUGAUGGCCCUGCUUCCCCCCCUUUGGGCUGGUGGGUGUCAUCCCGGCCUACCCUGGGGCUCUUACCCAAGCAGAGACUUCACUCCGGGGACAUCACCUAAGAUGGCGGCUGGGCCUGACCGGCACGCUAUGGAGGAAGAGGCCCCUCCUCAGGGCUCUUGGCGCUCACUGCUGACUACUUGGGGAGAAAUCAUUUGAGCAACCUACCUAACCUGAGACCUGACCUGGAGUGCUCCAAUCGACACCAAGGACCUUGAGUGGAGACCAGCUGACUGACAAAGCGGCUCCAAGGGUAUUCAGGCUGCAAGCUGGCACGAUCCGGUGAAGCAGAGUCACACACAUGACGGCCGCGGUUCACUAUGAAGACCUCACACAUACCCAGCUCCCAACCGGCUGAUACUUGGCUGCUCUCUGCACAGGAACCGGGGCUGCCUACUCUCUGUCUCCUGAAUAACCACAAUCGGGAGGAGAGUCUCUCUCCGGGGACCCAGGGUUCUUUAACCACGGUGGCAUAAAUUUUCCUUUUUUUUAAUUUUUUUUAAGCAACACUAACCAUGCCAUCUUGCCUAGAAAACGUGUCCAUCUCACUCAAUCUAUAUUAACUAUGAUUUCAGUUUUAGCCUGCACUUCCAUCUCUCCAGCCUGUUAAUUUAGCUAAUAUGUCUAAACAGAUUUACAAUUAACCUACUCAGGCAAAUAUAACUGUACUGCAUGUAUACAAUCUGUUAGCUCUUGACGCAAAAUGCUAAUAAUAUGAUCAGAUAGUGCAGUGAUGUGACCUUAUGUACCAAGCAGCAAGUCUCAGCUAUGUUCAGCUAGCAUGUUAAUCCCCAUAGGCUGCAUGAUUGACCAGUUUACUGUAUUACGAAAUAUCGAGACAGGCAGAACUUUUGUGCAACCAUGAUUCAAUGUUUAACCUCUAACAUGUUUCCCAUCCUGAAUAUAAAAAAAACUGUGCUAUGUAUUUUAAUGCCAUACCUAUGUUAAUGUAUGUUUCCAUACCUGCUUGCACCAAUUAUCGUGGCAGUGCAAACAUGAUUGUUCACGCUAAGCACAAAUAAAAUAAAUAAAAAAAUUUUAAAAAGACACAAACUAUUUAUUGUGUCAUCCAUUAAAAGCAAACACCAUAUAGAAUCAGAAGGUCUUAAAUGUUCACAUAAAUGCCAACUACAUUACAGAACACUAUACGUUGGUUAGAAGAUAAUAAAGCACUUGUUUUUUUGUUUUUAGAUAAAUAUUGUUUCUUUCAUACAAUUACAUUUUUAUUUUAACCUUAUAAACUUCUAAACAUUGUAAGCAGAGGCAAAACAACUUUAUUCCACAUUUUCUCAAAACAGCAUCACUGUUUAAUAGGUGGAGGAUUAUAGCAACCAUUCCGAUCAGGGUUCCAUUCUAUAGAAAAGGGAUGUUCUGAACGUCUACCUAGCUCUUUGUAUAAUAUUAAAAAGCACAACCAGUAUUCAACAUCACCGAGAUUUAGUUGCCUUUUUAAAUAGCAUCUCUAAAAUUGUGAAUGGUUAAAAUGAACAGAUAUUGGGAAUUUUCAAAUUGAAUGCAUUUGUGUAUGUACAUUUUUUUUUUUUUUUUUUUUAAUGGAACGACGGUUCAAAACUUGUAAACUAGACACAAUUUAUAAGAAACCUCCAGGCUGUUUAUUUCUGUAAAUACAUUCCAUAUUUUUAAGAAUGUUAUAUAUAUAUAAAUAUAAAAUGUUGCUGUAUAUGUCUUUAAAUUGCUUAAUACUUGUUUAGAAAGUGUGGCAAUUUGAAUUAAAAUCUACCAUUUUGAGAACCCACUGUUGUUUUUUGUUCUUAUUUAGCCACUAUAAUUAUUUUGAUCGAAAUAAAAUGUAUUUCUAAUGUUCUACCACAUAAUUUUCUGCAUUCUCUGCAGUUUCUUAACAUUUCAACUAUUAAGGGCUUAUUCACUUAAUUCUUCAAUUUCAAAAUAGCUAAAUUCUUCUCCAACUCAUCUGUAGUCACAGCAAGCCUAUUUUCCCCUCUGUUUGCUAUUUUCCUAUCAAGUUCACAAUUUCCUACUCUCCCCAGCCUGCAGUGUCUCCUUCCCUCCACCCCCCCAACCCCCCAAACCCUUUUUUUAAAACUUAAAUAGUCCUGUGAAUUGUUAUGGGUUGUGGGAGUUCCUGAUCACUUGUCAGUUGCAACUCACAGAAACCUUUGCUUUAUUUAUAAUACAUUGAUUAUUGGAUAAGCUCAGCUCCAUGCACCAACACAACUAUAUUGAAUUGAAGAUCUAAAAGACUACUUGUUUUUUAAACUUAAAUAGUCCUGUGAAUUGUUAUGGGUUGUGGGAGUUCCAGCUCACUUGUCAGUUGCAACUCACAGAAACCUUUGCUUUAUUUAUAAUACAUUGAUUAUUGGAUAAGCUCAGCUCCAUGCACCAACACAACUAUAUUGAAUUGAAGAUCUAAAAGACUACUUGUAUUUAAUUUUUUAUGGUUAUAGUCUUACAAAACAAAAAGCAGCUUUAUGCAUCCUCCUCCAUUAUUAAAUACUUUCUUCUUGCAAGUUACAACUCUGUCUCUCUAGUGUCCUAUAAUGCAAUGGUUUUUGAGAGUUGUAGGUUUACUAACAUUAUUUAAAAGUGUACAGCGCUGCAGAAUUUGUUGGCGAUUUAUAAAUAAUAUCAGAAAGCUAAUGAAAGUACACGUCAGAGAAACACCUGCUUCGCGGAACUGAGGAUAUGCAGCCUCAGCUAGUUUUCUACAGAAUGUGAUGUUAAACAAGCAUAUUGACAAAUGUAUAGUGUUAUUGGAAGCACAUGUUAGUGACUGCCACCGGUCCAAUCUCUGCAAGGAGAGUUAAACAGCUAGUGUCCAUGUAUGCAUAUUAACAUUUACGGGGUUAUUUACUAAAGUAAGAAGUCAAAGUUAAUUUAAAAUAUAUGGCCUGGAUAAAUGCGGCCGCCUACUGGCCAGAAUGCGCCAAAAGAGGCGACGCAUGUGUCACAUCACUAAAAUCAGAACUAAAGAACAGACACCAACUCAGAUGCCGAACAGAGUAGUGGAAUCCUUCCAGGAAUUCUACGAAACCUUGUAUAAUCUACCCACCAUGACUACCCCAGAAUCGAUGCACCAUAGGGAUUUGCCGAUAUCUGAGUACUUGCGAGAGCAUGUCUCUAAAACGCUAAGCCAGGAGGAGGCGGAGGAACUAGAAGUGCCCAUAUCGCUGGAGGAGCUCCAGGCGGCACUAAAAAGAUCCAAGCUUAACAAGGCCCUGGGCCCGGACGGGUUGCCGGUCAAAUAUCUCAAGGAAUUUGGGGAUGUGCUUCUGACCAGACUCCUAAAUGGCAUUAACUCCUUCCUGGAGGGAGGGACGCUCCCUCGGGACUCCCUAGCAGCGACAAUAGCCGUCAUCCGAAAGGAAGGUAAGGACCCAGCCAGCUACUCCAGCUACAAGACCGAUCUCGCUUCUAAAUGCAGAUCUGAAGCUCUUCACGAAGUUACUUGCCACCCCCAUCAGUGAUGCUCUCCCGGGACUGGUGAGCCCCGACCAGGUUGGCUUCAUCCCUGGCCGAGAGGCUAGGGACAACACCAUCCGUGCCCUAAACGUCAUCCAUGCGGCCGGGAGCUUGGCACAGAAGCUCAUACUGCUUUCUACCGACGUGGAAAAGGCUUUCGAUCGGGUGGACUGGCGGUAUAUAAAGGCUACGCUGCAGGCUAUGGGCUUCAGACCGCACCUGAUAACCUGGAUUUCAUCACUAUACACGACCCCAACUGCUAGGGUACGGGUCAAUGGCGCUCUCUCCGCUCCAGUUUUUAUACGAAAUGGGACGAGACAGGGCUGCCCGCUCUCCCCCUUCCUGUUUGCCCUCUCCCUGGAACCGUUCCUGGGGGCGGUCAGACGGGAUGGGAGAAUAGGGGGGUACACCCUGCGGGGGGGCGGCACACAAGGUGGCCGCAAAUGCUGACGACUUGCUGUUCUUCAUCAGCAAACCCCCCUGGUAUCCAUUCCGAAUCUACUGCGAGCCUUUGCGGAGUACGGGCUAAUAUCCAACAUGAAACUGAAUGCAGAUAAGUCGGAAGCCAUGCCCAUCUCACUGACGGAACCGGAAAUUGCCCAUCUACAAACUCAGUUCGUGUUCACAUGCUGCCGAACGAAACUUAAAUACUUGGGGAUAUGGCUCUCCGCGGACCUGACCCAAUUCUACACACACAACUUUGCCCCAAUGCUAUUCACACUGAAACAAUGGGCUAGCCUAUGUGUGUUGUGGUUUGGCAGAAUGAACGCCAUUAAAAUGAACUUCCUCCCGCGCCUGCUGUACCUCUUCCAGACACUCCCGAUAAAAAUUCCGACGUUGUUCUUCCGCACCAUCGACACAGCCAUCUCCGGAUUCAUAUGGCAAUCUAAGCCCCCCAGACUUAAGAGCGCUCAGCUGCAGCAGCCAAAAGCGCAGGGAGGAGUGGGACUCCCCUCAAUUUUGACCUACUACAGGGCAACACACCUACACCACGUAGUGGACUGGCAUGUACUAAAGACUGACAAGAUCUGGAUACGCAUGGAGCUGGCGCAGACGGAGAAGACGCUUCUGGCGGCUGUUUGGUUAGACGGGCCCCCGAGGAGCGUGCAGACUCGGACUCACCCUUUCACCCUUUGGGCAACUCUACAGACGAGGUACUCCAUAAGAACCAAACUCUCGUUAACCACGACACCAGGGCCGCUGACCCCAAUCAUCCACAACCCCAAUGUAGCUGGGAGCCUCAUGCCACAGGACAUCAAGACGCUCGGAGCAAUGUAUUUCACACACAUGCACCAAUGGUGUGUGGCAGAUGCCCUGAAACAACUUCCAGACCUCCUACCGGAUAGAGCCCCGACGAGUCUGGAGAGACUCCGCCACUUCCAAAUAAAAGCAUACUACACAUCCCAUCACGGGAGACGCCUGUUUCACAGGAGCUUGACGGGGUUCGAGGAACUCUGCAGGGACCGAACACACCUAUGCAGGGAUGUCUCCACGCUAUGCGCUCUGCUCCAAACGGCAAUCCGCCUUGAACCCACGAAAUACAUGGCACGCUGGGAGGAAGCCACGGGCGUCACACUUACAGAACAACGGUGGACUAAAAUCCACAUACUUGCGCAUCAAAGCUCUAUGAGCUCCAAACAUCAGGAGCUCAACAACAAACUGGUGACUGUAUGGUAUAGAACCCCUGAGAGGCUACACCGGAUGAAUCCUGAUGCCACCGAACUAUGUUGGAGAUGCGAGGAGGCAGUGGGGACGGACCUACACAUUUGGUGGUCCUGUAGAAAAAUAGCUCGAUAUUGAACCCAGGUCCACACGGAUCAAGGAAAUACUGGAUACCGACCUCCAGCUACAGUCACUUCAGAUGCUCCUUCACCAUACAGAGAUGCCCCUAUCAAGAUAUAAAAAAAUCACUCAUGAAACACCUCCUAAAUGCAGCCAAACUGCUCAUCCCAGCCAGAUGGCGCACCACACAGGUCCCCAAUCUCCAACAGUGGAUGGAUAAGGUGGAAGAGAUUCACGGGAUGGAGACACUCACAGCAUCCCUGAGGGGAACCACAGAAAGAUACCUGCAGACGUCGACCCCGUGGAUCUACUUCAUAUACCGAAGAGGGAACUAGGACCAUAAACCCAUGCACUUGAAAUAAGGAAACUGAGACUGCUGGCAUUGCCUUGGCCCCGAGGGGGGAGGCGAGGGUGACUGAAGAGGAAAGACGCUGGCAGGUGCAAGGGGGCACGCUCCUCCACCUGGGGGGGCCAUCCUUCUCUCCCCACACCCUUUUUAUCCCCCCAUACUCAACCCCUACCUGCCCGGCCGCCCUCUCCACCUGCUCUGUCACUGGUACACAACCAGUACACCAACCCCCAUGCCUGUAGCCAUCUUUCCAAAGAAAACUGAUCUCUUUUCCUAGCAGCUGCACCUGCGCGAACGCAGUGACACUGGGAACAAGGAUAGGCCCGAGUCGUGCGCUGGGCCAACUAAGGGUCGAUGACCCGGCACACGAGUGCACCGACGAUGACACACUGAGAACAGAUAAGGAAACAGGAGGCACCAUGGGUCUUGCUGCUCCCUAGACUGACACUCAGCCGACCGAUAACUUAGACAGGAUGCACAGGGGGGUGGGGGGUGGGCCGGGGACAAUGGACACAAGAACCUGAACGCGACAACAUUCGACACUAAGCCCUGGAACCCAGACGCUAGCGGGGAGAUGACCACUAGAGGAGCUAUAAUCACAGCGACCCACUUGAAACACGGUCAAUAUCCCCUAUAGCUACUAGAUCAGACACCGGUUAACACCCUAAUCAUAGAACGCACGCCAUAAGUGCAGCAAAGUGCACAAUGUAGGCAAGAGGAGACAUGAGCCUCGAAACCUGAUCAUCAGUUGCACUACCUAAUGCAUGUACUGGAAACUACUGUUAGAGAAGCCUGACUGGAGAAUUAUUGUAAAAAGGUUACGCAUGUUGUUACUGUUUUCAGAAAUACGAUGUUACAAUUGAUGUUUUACCACAUUCACACUACUCUGUGACAAAAUGAUAAAAUGAAAAUAAAG